AUGUACACACACAGCGUAAACAAUCUGAUUAUCCAGAAUUCUGGUGAGUUUAAAUAUAAGUGUAUAUGACAUCAUUCAAAACAUUAUAUCACACUAAACUAAACAUGAAAAUACCUAAAACAGUAACGUUUGAGUAAAGGAAAUAUAAAUAAUAUAUUUAUUCCCUAUCCCUGACUUAAAGCUUACAAAAACCCAAGAGGCUCCUGCUGGCUAAGGAUUUCAGAAUGCACAGCAAAGACUGGAGGGUAAGUACUGUAUGCUUCUUGUGUAUAAACAGUUAAAUGAAUAUGCCCUGCAGAAUUAACGCAGUAAUCUCCAAACGCCUUGGUGACGGAGGAUCAGGUUUAGAUGAUAAUAUAGAAGGCAGAAAUGUAUAAUCUUUUGUGAUUAAUGAAGUGUACAAAAUUCAGCACUACAAGGAGAACCCAGGCUGCCGCACAAUUUGCUACAUAUUAACACACCAUGCUUCCCUGUGACUAAAUGUAUCUGUAAAUAAAUGACAGAGCAUUGUUGGAAAUAGACUGCACUACUAAACUUUAGAAUAUUUCCCACACGAUAUUGGUGAUAAUACAAUUGGUGAUUUGUAAUAAGGCCAGCACUGAAUUUCAAAUUGCUUUAUUAGUGCAAAUAGAGUUUUUAUGACAUGUCUAUUUCGCACUCUAUGGGUAUGUCAUAAAAACUCUAUUCGCACUAAUAAGGCCUAGUAUUCAAUAUGUUAAUACAUACCGUCUUAUCUUGAGCUUUUUGACCUCCUCUGGGGUUGCAGAGGAACAGUACUAUUGUUAAUAACUUACAGUUGUCCACCAAUGUGACUUCUUGAUGAUUUGUUUUUGGGUUUGUUUGUUUUUGUUUAUUUACUUGUUUGUUUGUUUUUUAGGGACAUUAUGGCUAAAGCAGGAAGUGGUCCAAUCCUUGGAAACGAAUGUGGUGCUAACAACUUCACCAUCAAUGAAGGGCAGAAGAAUAUAGUGGUAGCUACUGGAACACCCUGUGCCACUAAUCCACUGCCCCAAGGUUUGGAAAGGGACCCAGUUUAUAACUGGCAGGCGACCAAGAGUUCCCUCAAAGAAAGGUUUGCUUUCCUAUUCAACAAUGAGCUGCUCAGUGACGUGAAGUUUCUGGUGGGAAAAGGUAGACAGAUACAAAAGAUUCCGUCACAUAAAUUUGUCUUGGCCACUGGGAGCGCUGUAUUUGAUGCCAUGUUCAAUGGUGGAAUGGCCACAACCGCUGCAGAGAUUGACUUGCCAGAUGUGGAGCCCGCAGCAUUCCUAGCCCUUCUCAGGUAGGAUGGGAUGUCACCAAUGUGUUUGCUUUUGUGAAAUACAUGCAGGUUUAAAUAAAAAUUUUUAUAUAAAUUAAAAUAUACAUAAGAGAUUCUCAACAAGGAAAACCAAGCAUGUUUCACAGAGCCGUAGUUAGCUCCUGAGGAAAGAACAGAAAUUGUGCCCCCUUGUGAUAUUGAUCUAGAACAUUGGUCCCCAACCAAGUCCUCAUGGACUACAAAUAGUCAAGGUUCUGUCAGUAUUUCCAUUUGAAUAAAAAAAGGAAAUACAUAAAUCCUGGUAUGCUGGUGGUCCAUAGGGAAUUGGUUGGGGACCACUGAUCUUGACAAAGACAGUGGUACAGCAUGAUUCCUAUCAUUAAAAAUUGAUCCAAACACUGAGGGUGGUAUAGCAUAACUUCUGCUUGUGGAAUUUAGCUCUGAUGGUAGGUGCGAUUGUCUGUGUGUGGAUAGGAUUUGCAGUAUUUGUGGAGGAGGGGAGGUGUGGGGGCUGUGGUGAGUGUGUGGUAAAAUAGAGCCAUAGAGCCUGUAGGAUGUGUAUAUGUAGCCGGAUAUAGAGACUGUUGUGUUUAUGGAGGUAUGAGCGGUAAUGUGUGUGUUUGUGUGUUUUAGCGGCUAGGUUGUGUGAUGGGCUCUAAUGUGGAAACAUAGGGGUUGCAGUGAAGGGGGUUGGGGAUGUAAUGUUGGGGGUUAAGGGAUGUAGUAUAAGGACGUUGGGGAAUGUAGUGUAGGGGGUAGAAGCAAUAGUGUAGAUGGGGAUAGGGGUCAUUGUGUAGGGGUAAAGGAUUUAGUGUAGAGGACAAUAGUGUAGUGUGGGGGGAUAGGGCUUCAGUGCAAGGGGGUCAGGGGCUGUAGUAUAGUUGGUAGAGAUUGUGGUAUAGAAGGUAAAUACUGAAGUGUAGAGGAAGAUAUGGUCUGUAGUGUGGGAGGAUUGGGCUAUGGUGUGGGAGGAUGGGGUUGUAGUGUUAGGGGGUUGGUGCUGUAGUGUAGAUGAAGAUUGGGGUUCUAGUGUGUGAGGAUGGGGCUGUAGUGUAAAGGGGUUGGGUGCUGUAGAGUAGAGGAUGAUAGGGACUGUAGUGUGGAAGGAUUGGACUAUGGUGUGGGAGGAUGGGGUUGUAAUGUAAGGCGUUUGGGGCUGCAGUGUAGAGGAAGAUUGGGACUGUAGUGUAGGAGGAUAUGGCUAUAGUAUAGAGCAGUGUUCCCCAGCACAGUCCUCAUGGGCCACUAACAGUCCAGGUUUUGUCAGUAUCUCCAUUGGAAUAAAACAGGGAAAUACAUAAAUCCUGGACUGUUGGUGGUCCACGAGGACUGGGUUGUGGAACACUGGUAUAGAGGGUAGAGGGUGUAGAGGGAGAUAGGGGCUGUAGUGUGGGACGAUGGGGCUGUAGUGUAAUGGGGUUGGGUGCUGUAAUGUAGAGGGAGGUAGGGGCUGUAGUGUGGGAAGAUGUGGCCACAGUAUAAAGGGUAGACGCAGUAGUGUCGAGAGAGAUAGGGAUGCAGUGUGGGAGGAUUUGCUUGUAUCCAAAUAUAGGAUACUAUCUAUGUUGUGGAAUGUUACAAGAUGUUCUCUCAUAUACAUGCCCUUAUAUGUUAGCUUUUUAUUGCUUGUAGUUUGACCAUAAUGUCCAUAAAAGCACUACAUAUAUGUGAACUCCAAAUCCUUUAAACCCUCUUCUAAAAAAUGUCCACCUUGAAUAAUAUUGUAAAGCACUGUGGAAUAUGUUGGAACUAUAUAAAUAAUAAUAAUAAACAUAAAUUAACAGCAUGCAAUUUAUCCAGAAAUAGAAAAUCCCAUUGUUGUGCAGGAUGCCCAUGAGGUUCAAACAUGCUCAGAUUUGGUUUUAUAUAUUGUAUAUAAUAAACUGAACUUGUUUGAAAGUCAAACAUGUAUAUUAUUGCAUUUCAAUAUAAAAGGACACUGUGUCCACCAUGGUUGCCAUUAGAAAUUUUGGGGUCCCUUACAAAGUUCAAGGCCUGGGACUAUGGGACUUUCCCUGCGUCCGCCCAUAAGGCCAACCCCCGAGUCUGCUUACUAGGCACGCCCACAUGUAGUGUAUGUGUAUAGGUAAUGCCAUGCAUGUAGGGGUUAUAGUUUGUAUACUGGAAGAUGUGUGUGUAUGUAUAGGGGAUGCAGUGUUUGUAUGUGCGUGUAAGGGAUGCAAUGUGUGUGUGUAAGGGAUGCUGUUUGCAUAGAGGAUCAAGUGUGUCUGUAAAGGAUGUAGUGUGUGUGUAUAUAGUGGAUGCAGUAUGUAGAUUGUAAGCUUGUUUGGACAGAGCCUGUUCCUGUAUGUUAUACAUGUUUUGUUAGAAUUCAAUGUCCUUUUUGUUUCCUGUUGUACAGUGCUGAGUUGGUGGUAUAUAAAUAAAGUGUGUAUGUAUAGUGGAUGCAGUGUGUGUAUAUAAGGGAUAUGUGCAUAAAGGAUGCAGUGUGUGAGUGUAUAGUGAUACAGCGUGUGUGUAAGGGUUGCAGUUUCUGUGUAAAGGAUAUAGUGUGUGCAGGGAUGUGUUAGGUAUAGUGUGUGUAAGGGAUGCAGAAUGUGUGCAUAUGGAAAAUGCAGUGUGUGUAGGGGAUGGAGAGUGUGUAAACGAUGUGUGUGUGUGUACAUUAUGCAGUGUGUGUGUAAGGGAUAGGGCGUGUGUGUCAAAGGGAUGCAAUGUAUGUGUGUGUAAGGGAUGCAGUGUGUGUGUAUGGAGGAUAUAUUGUGUGUGUAUGGAGGAUGCAAUGUAUGUGUUUGGAGGAUCUAUAUGUGUGUGUAUGGAGGAUGAAGUGUGUAUGUAUCUGCCAGUCAUGGUACCUUCUAUUACCCAGACUGUUGCACAUCCCAGGGACAGCCUGCAGGUGGUUGGUGAUCUUUUCCAGUGGUCCUGAUACCAGCCAUUGUGACUCCACCCUCUUUUUAUGACAUUGUAAGUGCGAGCCGAAGUCAUGACGUUGAUGAUGUCAUGCAUGACUUGACAAAUCUUACAUUUUGGCUUCGUGGCUAUAACAUCCAAGGGCCAGACUAUAAAUAGUAUGCUAGAGCUCAGGUCCUUGCCCUGCUUUGUUUCUAUUUUGGUUCUCAAUAGCUCAUUAUUAUCCUCUUAUUUUAUUUCUGGCUUUUAACUUGCGUGUUACUGAUUAUUCUCCUUUCAAUACUCCUUGACUUGACUCCUAUUGUACCUCGCUAUUCAUGAUUUCUGGCUUCCCUGACUUUGGCUUGUCCCUGACUAUUCUCAGUUUUUUUCACAUUUAGCCCGGUGACUACUCUAAGGUUGGGUAUGUUUAUCAUUGGUUAAUAUUUUACAAACUGCAGGUUUGGUCUCCCAGUAUUCCUGACUCUGUAUUUGUAGGGUGGGAUGGCUCUGUUAUCUAUAGCCAUUGACUAUAGAAGUUUUUUUUAUUCUUAUUUUUGUCUAUAUUUUUUUAUUUUCCUCCCUCGAGGAAGGACACAGUGAGGGAGGUUGCAGCAGCCUCCCGGGGUUCCUUUCUCUAAGCAGGGAAGAAUGCAAUGGCACAAGGAGGGAGAUCUUUGAUCUUCCUUCCCCGCAGCUCUAUAGAAAUACUUAUGUACAUUUAUAGUAUGGGAUCUGGCCCGUGUGGUCCAGGCUCCUUAUAGGUGUAUUGCCUGUAUCCCAUGAUGGUGCCUUGCCCAGAGCAGUCUGUGCUCCCGCCCUGAUGGCAACCCUCAAUUAAGUAGUUAUAGUGUCUUGUCUGGAGUUCCCUGGUGUCGUCAUUCCAUUCAGUGUUAAACGUUUUUUGAUUUUUUUAUAAUUCUUUAUUUUUGGAGUGCAAUUGUAAUUGACAGGAACAGUUGUCAGCAUGAAACGAAAAUAUCAUACAGUGCUUUUUCACAUCAAUAACAUUGGUAAUGCUAGCUGGUCUGCACUAAUUAUUAUAAUUUUUUUACAUGUUCUUGUCUCUCUAGGCUUAGCUGGAGGUUGCAUUAGAGGGAUGGUUGGUCUGCUAAAUUAGGUGUGCUCCGGAGAACCUAGAGUGGAGUGUAAUUAUGCUAUAUGUAGUGUAGCAAGGGUAAACAGGUGGCUUUCGCAGAUUAGUGUUAUAUCGUGCGUGCUCGUAUAUACUUCGCUAGAACGAGGCGUCAUAAUGUGGCAAUGUAAUUAGGUGUAAGAUGUCACAGGUUACAAGCAGGGCUAGAUUAACAUAGGGGCUGAUGGAGCUGCAGCUCGGGGGCCCAGGCCCAUGAAAUAGGCCCAUUUAAAAAAAAUAUAUGCAGAUAUUUUUCUCAGUAUAAAUGAAGUUUAUACUGCAAUACCAGUACCAGCCAGUAGGGGUCACUAUGUGUGGAGAGAGGCAGGGAUAGGAAGUUACAGCAUAUCCCUCCCUGCCUCUCUCUACUCACUGAUCCGCGGGGGAGCAGUUACACAGCACAGAGAGUCCAGACAGCAGCUCCCAGCCUGCAGAGACAGCCUACAGCUCAGGUAAGUGAAGAAUGGGUGGAAAGGCAGCAGGGAAACAUGGGGACACUGAGACACUAGGGGACACGUUGAGACAUGGGGACGCUGAGACACAUGGGGACACUGUGAGACAUAGGGACAUUGGGAGACACAUUGUGACACGGAGACACUAGGGACACAGUGUCUCCAUAUCUCCCAAUGUCCCCGUGUCUCCCAGCCAGUGUCCCUAGUGUCUCAGUGUCCCCUAGUCUCCCAGUGUCUGUGUCCCCCUGCCUCUCAGUGUCCCUAGUGUCUCAGUGUCCCCAUGUCUCUAUGUCUCCCAACCAGUGUCUCAGUGUCCCCAUGUCUCCCAGUGUCCCCAAAUGUCUCAGUGUCCCCAUGUCUCCCAGUGUCCACAUGUCUAUGUCCACAAGUGCCCCAUGUAUCCCAGUGUCCCAAGUGUGUGUGUCCCCAUGCCUCCCAGCCAGUGUUCCUAGUGUCUCAGUGUCCCCAUGUCUCCCAGUGUCCCCUAGCCUCCCAGAGUCUGUAUUCCAUGUCUCUCAGUGUCCCUAGUGUCUUAGUGUCACCAAAUGUCUCAGUGUCCCCAUGUCUCCCAGUGUCUGUGUCUGCUUGUCUCUGUGUCCCUAGUGUCUGUGUCCCCCUUUCUCCCAGUGUCUCCAUGUCUGGAUCCACAAGUGCCCCAGUGUCUCCCAGUGUCUCAGUGUCCCUGGAUCUCUCAGUGUUCCCACGUCUCACUGUGUCCCCAUGUUUCUCAGUGUCCCCUAGUAUCCUAGUGACACGGGACACACUGAGACAUGGGGACAUGGGGACACUGACACUGGGAUCCAUAGGGACACUGAUGCCAGGCUGGCCUUCCAAUUCUUUGGACAGACAUGCCCCCUUUUUGGGUAUGUUCGCCCCUUUUGGCUGACCCUUUUACCCCACCCAUUGACUUCCUGCUUCACUGUACACUGCUGUCAGGGGGUAUGGAUUUACUUGAAAGAUGAAAGCAUAAAUUAGAGAGAGAUUAGCAUAGAGUAUGUGUUUUGUUAUAGCUGCAUCCUUUGAGUUUCCCUCCAACACCAUCUCCAUCAGAUACAUGACGCUUGAGAGGUAUGACUGUUUUAGUGUUUUUGGUCGAUAAGAUUCUGUAAUUAGGCUCCAUCAUAAUUGUCAGCACCAGGCCCACUGGGCUCUUAAUUUGGCUCUGGUUACAAGUUUAUGUUUACUAGGUGGCUUCAGUGCUGGGUGUAUCAUAUGGCCCCUCGUUCUGCUGGGUUUUGUGCCCCUGACCUAGGGGUGUCGGGGGAGGGUGUAAUCUCACUUAGAAAGGUGUGUGGGUAAUUUUACUUUACGUAUAAUUGCGUGUUGUCGUGUUUCAAUCAGUGCUCACAGUUAUUAAGUGUAAACAAGAGGAACAAAUGAGUAACUAAAAAUAAAAUUAAGGCAUAACAGUGGGUCGCCCUUCAACUUCAGCUCAGAUCCAGGUUUUUGGUUCCGGUGUGGCAGCAUGAGUCUUGACUGGGCUCUGGAUAGUCAAGUCCCCUGCGUGUCGGAGCCUCUGGGGACAAAGGGUUCAAUGUUGUCCAGAUCCCAAGAUCUGUCUAGGGCAUUGGUGGGUGCUCCCGUUGCAGGUAGUGGCAGUCCUAAUGCUUCCAGGAAUACUUUUGUGUCGGCAAGCGUGCAGAGCGUGUGUGUAGCGCCAUUGCUUUUCACCACUAGGGAGCCCGCAGGUCCCCAGCGAUACUGCACCCCAGAGGACCGAAUGUGAGUGGUAACUGCCCCCAGCGGUCUACGCCACUGUAGUGUAGCUUUGUAGAGGUCCUGGAAAAGGUGUCGCUGAGUGUCCUCAAACUACAGAGGCAUUUUUCUGCAUAGAGUAGGGACUUGUCGGUGGCUGAGGUGCAGCGCACUAUAACAUCCUGUGGCGUGGUGGAAGAGGAGGUACCAGAGCCGGGGAUGCGGCAUAUCCCUUCCAGGGUAAGUUUCUUCACCACCGCGGGUGGCAAGAUAGAAGCUAGCAGCCUCCAGGUAUAGUGAGGCAGCUCCUCCAUUGUUAUCUCUGUAGGGACGUCCCGAAUUUUGAUAUUAUUGCGGCGUUGUUGAUCCUCUGGGUUAGUCACUCAUUGAGAGAGGUUGCACUGCUGGGUAUGCAGUUGUUGCACAGAGCCACUGAAGUUGGACAAAGUGGUUUGAGCGUCCAGGCUUUGAUGCGGUUUGUGUUGGCCUGUAUCUCUGUUCUAAGAAGCGCUCGGUCUGUCGCCAUCAUUUGAUGCAUGUCGGAGAGGAGUAUUUUGAGAUCCCUUUUGGUCAUCGGGCCGAGCUGUUGGUAAGGUGAAGGCUUGUCUGGUGCUCCCGUUGGGGUGGAGGUGAUGUGUCCCGUUCAGCGCUCUGUGGCGUGGGAUCAGUUGCCGCUUCAAUCUGGUGGGUCUUUGCGUAGAUUGAGGCUACGGGGUCAUUAGUUGGGAUAUCAACUAUCCUGUGUCCUGUGCCUCCAGAAAGCUGUCAAGGAGUGUUUCCAGGCCUCAUGUCUGCGAAGCGUGGUAGGCCCCAGCUUUGCGUUUUGGCUUUGUUUGCUGAGAAAGGCAUCGAUCUACGCAGCCUGUCACCCAGCUUGCAGUGAUGCGGUUUAUUUUGUUUUUUUAACGGGUAGGUACAGCGAUUUCAGGUGAGAUUUGCAAGGUAAGUGUGGAGCAGUCAGUAAUGGCAUCUGCUUAGCUUAAGUGUUGGCUCCGCCCCCUGUUAAACCGUUUUUAAUGUUUUACUACUAUAAGAGAGUCCCCAGCAGCCCAUCCCAAACAUUAGCUUGAGCAGCAAUGGUUGACUGUUAAUGGCAAGGUGUGUCAGCUGACCACUUUCAGCUUAUAGUUACAUAGUUACAUAGGCUAAAAAAAAGAAUUGUGUCCAUCAAGUCCAGCCUUUCUCAAAUCUAUUUCUGCUGUUGAUCCAAAAGAAAGCAAAAAUAAAAACUUUGUAAAUUUGAAACACAUUAGGGGAAAAAUCCUUCUCGAUCCCAGAAUGACAGUCAGAUCUCUCCUUGGAUCAGUAAACUGUUAAUCCACAUAAGUCCAUCCUUGCAAGCGCGCUGUCUUGACGUCAUACUUGAUUCUGGCCUCACCUUUGAGCCUCACAUCCAGUAUGUUGCCAAAUCCUGUAGAUUCCACCUUAUAAACAAAGCCCGCAUCCGCCCCUUUCUUACGCAAGAUUCUACCAAGGAGCUUGUCCAUGCUUUAGUAAUUUCUUGCAUGGAUUAUAGUAACCCUCUCCUAAUUGGUCUUCCCAAAAAUCGGGUUGCCCGCUACAGUCUGUAUUGAAUGCUGCCACCAGAUUGAUUUUCCUCUCUAGUCGGUCCUCUCACACCUCACCCCUCUGUCAGUCCUUACAUUGGCUUCCUGUAUCCUAUAGGAGUCAAUUUAAAGUGCUAACGCAUACCUAUAAAGCACUGACCAAUUCUAGCCCCAAUUAUAUCUCUUCACUGAUCCGCAGGUAUGCCCCUUCACGGUCUCUCCGCUCUGCCCGUUACCUUCUCCUGUCCGCUGCUUGCACCCGUACGGCCAACUCACGCUUGCAGGACUUCUCGCGGGCGGCUCGCAUCCUAUGGAAUAGCCUGCCUACCACCAUCAGACUCUCCCCUAGUCUUCAAUCGUUUAGCUCAUUUAAUCUCUUUAGGAAAGCUUAUGGCCUCCCAGAGUAACCUCUACCUCACAUACCUGUCUCUUGUUCUUUCCUAAAAGGCAGCACUUUACUCUCUCCUCCAGCUCUGCUUCACUCCCACCUUAUUUGAUGACUAUUUCCUGUCCAUAUGUGUUUUAUACCCACCUCCUAUAGACUGUAAGCUCCUUUGAGCAGGGUCCUCUUCAACCUAUCGUUCCUGUAAUUGUCCUAUUUAUAGUUAAACCCCCUCUCAUAAUAUUGUAAAGCACUACGGAAGCUGUUGGCGCUAUAUAAAUGGCAAUAAUAAUAAUAACUCACAUACUAAAUAUUAUUAAUUAUUAUUAUGAAACUUAUGCAGUUGCUGUUUAAAAUCUGUAGACUCUGAUAAAACCUCUUCAGGCAGAUAAUUCCAUAUUAUUAUUGUUCUUAUUGUAAAGAACCCUUUUAUCUGCCAUAGACUAAAUCUCCUUUCUUCUAGUUUAAAUAGGUAACCUUGUAUCCUAUGUAUUAUUCAUGAGUAGAUUUACAGACAAUGGUUCAUAUUGCUCUAAAUGUAUUUAUAUAAUGUUAUCAUAUCCCCUCCUUAGCACCAUUUUUCUAAACUAAACAGAUUUCAAUUUGUUCGCUUUUCUUCAUAAGUAAAAUCUUCCAUUCCCCUAUUAAUGUUGUAGCUCAAUUAUUUUUCUAGUGCCAUGAUAUCCCCUAUUAAUGUUGUAGCUCAAUUAUUUUUCUAGUGCCAUGAUAUCCUUCUUUUGAACUGAUUUCAAAAUGGCAGGGCAUAUUUAAGGUGUUGCCUUACCAGUAAUUUAUAUAGAAACAAAAUUAUAUUUUUAUCCUGAGAAUGAAUGUUCCUUUUUUCCCUCAUUCUUUAUUUUUGUAGUGCAUAGUCAGAGAAAGACACAUUAGCGUCGUUAAAUACAUAACAGUAAUAUGAAGAGAUAGAAUAUGUUAGAAAAAAAAAGUCAGGCGUGUAUGGAGGAUUGACUGAGCCACUAUGUCACCAGAGGGGACGCAUGACAGUCCACUUUUGGAUUUUCAUUCUGAACACUAUAACUCCAUAUGUUCAUAGAAUAUGAGGAAAGAAUGUCCGUUCCUGUCUCACUAAAUUUGGUAUCUAAAAAAUGCAGCAGUUUUGACUCCUUCAAUAAAAUAUGUCACAGACCUAUGAGUUUAGAGCACAUAGAUUUCCACCAGUUUCUUCUUCUGAUAGUGAUAUGUAAGGAAUUCCAUGUAUAUGCACGCAUACUCUAAAACCAUUCAUUAAAAAAAAUAAAUGGACCUACAAGUUCAUCUUCAAAAAAAAUAAAAAAUAAAUGAAUAUGUUAGGUAUACUAAACUUUCUAAAAAGAUCAGAUAAUAGGAGUUAACAGUAUCAUAUGAAUCACCUAUAAAGUACAAGAGUAUAUCACCUAUAAAGUUCUAGGUGCGAGAAAUAAUGUUCCUUUUUAUACAUGACAAUACCUCACACCGUAGUAACUGCUGAUUGACACUGGACAUUGUUUCCUUGUUUGUUGUCUAUAACAAUUCCCAAAUCCUUCUCAUGAGUUGUUUUCCCUAACUCACUGCCAUAUAGGGUGCAAGUUGCUUGUGCAUUUUUCAUCCUGAAGUGCAUGAUUUUGAAUUAAUCUACAUUACAUUUCCUCUGCCAUUUGAGUGCCCAGUCCCCAAUCUAAAUCCCUCUGCGAUUAAGUAAUUUCCUGCUCAGAUUGUGUUACCUUAACUAGUUUUAUAUCAUUUGCAAACACUGACACAUGACUUUUAAUGCCUAUUUAAGAUCAUUUAUAAAUAGGUUGAAUAGAAGUGGUCCUGGAACAUACCCCUAAGGGACACUACUUACGUCCAGCUUGAAAAUGUACAAUUAAUGACAACUCUCUGUAUCUUUAAGCCGAAGUUCUAUCCAAGAACAAGAAUUAGAAUUUGGACCAAAUUCUUUUAACUUGAACACUAGCCUAUUGUGUGUAAUCAUAUCGAACGCCUUUGCAAAAUCCAAAUAGAUCACACCCACUACAACACCCUGAUCUAUUCUUCUACUUAUUUCUUCACAGAAUGCAAAUAGGGUAGUUUGCCAUGAUCUAUGAUUCAUAAAACCAUGCUGAUUUCUGCUAAUGACAUUCCCAGUUAAUACUUUAAUAUUAUCCUUUAAAAACCCUUCAAAUACUUUCCUAGCCACAGAUCUAUCAUUUCCAGGCAGAGAUUUUGAAACCCUUUUUUAUAUAUAGGAACCACAUCUGCUUUUCUCUAAUCCUCUGGUACAAUUCCUGAAAGAUUAGAAACAGACGUUUGCUCAUUUUCACACUUAGCUCCUUAAGUACUCGUGGGUGAAUACCCUCUGGACUUGGGGCUUUGUUUACCUUAAUUUUCUGCAAGUUUUCGCAGAUUGACUGAAAGUGUCAGCUGACCACUUUCAGAUUAUUAUAGCGCCCACUUUGGGUAUGAAUUGGUAUGGCUAGACGGAAGUGUGUAAUCUCUGCCUUAGCCACACCUCAAGUAGAAGUUUGGCUGUAGGCAGCCAGGGAUCCUCAUUAAGUGUUAAACUGCUCGACAAUGGUUAACAUUGAAUGGAGGGGCAAGCUUCAGCACUUCAGAUUUUGUGGACUACAUCUUCCAUAACGCUCUUACAGCCAGAAUGCUGUCAAGGUAUCAGGGGAUAUGUAGUCCACACCUCGAGUGCCUAAGGUUGCCUCCUAGCAGCAGAACUAGUGCCUGGUCAGCCGGUGGGGCUGCAUGGGGGCCCACAUGCUUGGGGAGCCCAUUGGGUGGCCCAUACACUUAGGGCCACCCAAUAGGUAUUUCAAAACAGGGGCACAGUCAGGCAUUGCAGCCUUUUAGGAGUGCGACCUGGCCCCUGUAGUAUCAGAUGCUGGGAGGGACUGACAGCCGGUCACUUCUUCCCAGCCUCUAGAGCCACACAGGAGGGAGGAGGCACAAGGAGCAGGGAGUAUGCUGAUACAGACCCCCACAUCAGACUCAGCCAGCAGCAGCCCAAACAAGUCACCCUCCUGUAGACAAAAGACAUGAUAAUUGGAGGGUGAAUGCAAAUGUAAAAAUUACAACAUGUGUAUAUAUGUGUGUAUAUCUGUAUGUCCAGGUGUAUGAGUGUGUGUUUAAUUUGUGUCUGUGUGUAUAUGAUUGUGUGUAUGUGUUAGUGUGUUUAUAUGUGUGUAUCUGUGUGCUGAUGUAUAAUUAUGAAUGUAUGUGCAUACAUCCCAGCAAUCAAACACACCCUUGCAAACACAAACAUUACAUACAAACACAACCCUGAAUUCAAACGCCAAAAUUAUAUACAGACACACCCCUUAACUCAAACACCAAUACUACACACACAUGUACAUCCACAAUUUAAAGUCAACACUACAUCCAAACACACCCCUGCAUGCAAAUGAAAACAUUACAUACAAACACACCCCAGUAUUAAAAUGCUAAAAUUAUAUACAAACACGAACUCACACAAAAGAACACCUGCUUUUAAAACCCAACACUACAUACAAUCACAUCCCCCUGCAUUCAAACACUGCAUUCCACUGGCAACAGUACAUAUAAAUACACUGCUACAUGCACACACAUACUAUAUACAAAAACAUGCAUACAUUCAAAUGCACACGCACUGCUCACAAAUACAACCCAGCAAGGUUCGGCAAAUGGUAGAUCCCCAGCUAGCUUAGCAUCGUGGGAGUUGUACAACAGAUGGGAUCUAUCUUUUCACCACUCUUGUGCUAGAGGGGGGCCCAAAAUAUUUUCUUGCACCAGGGACUACUCUACAUUAGUUUUGCCACAGUUGCCUACCCAUGGUCUAGAGCAAGGUCUUAAAUUCAUACUUCAACUUCUUCUUGAUGCAGCAACAGUCAAAAUGCCAUCAGGUAAAAGUCCAUCUAAUUACAGUAUUUUAUUUGGCCAGGGUAAGGUCAACUGUGGCUGGGCAAACCAAAUAAUACAUACAUAGCCAUAUAUUACAACCAGAGACAGACAUUUUCUCUUAUUUAUUUUGCUCUUCGUAGGUCAUUAAUCUUUUCAUUAUUGAGUGCUUACCAAAAAUGUAAAUACUAGAAGCCUACAUGGAAAAUAGAUAUAGGGCACAAAAGAAAAUCUUUCAGUCUACAAAAAAAAUGUACCAGAUACAUUUACAUUAAACAAAAACCUGAAACAUAGUUGUUAAUGGAACUACAGCCUUCUUUAGUGGUUAUGGUGCCAGGAUUGCCCUGGUGCCAUCCAUUGGUAGGAUGUUCAAACCAUUUAAGAACAGUUGGCAACUUACCUGGGUCCUACAAGGCACCCACAACUGCAUCUGGGUCUUUUACAGCAAAAGAAUACAGUUGUCUCUGUAGAGUAAAGUCAUUGCAGGACGUUGCUCGGAACUCGAACAGCCUUCUGCAACUGAAUAAGUUUGAGUUCCAAGUUUCCACUGUAUUUAUUAGUUUUUAUUAUGAGUGGCAAUUAUGUGGCCAGUUGACACAUAAUUAACACUCACAGCACUGACCGUAACUAUUUGCCUGCUGGCUGCUGGUACUACCAGAAGGCAAGUAGUUUAGUUUGAUUUAAUUUUUUUGCCCGAAUUCCAAGCAUUUGUGUCUAGAUUACACCCGCUGCACUCCAAAUUUAUUGACAUCCCUACAGCGAGCUGAACAGUGUUUCAACCUAACAAUAGGUCUUUCUAUAUAACCAAAUCAAGGUCUGUUGGUAGGCUCUGAGAAACGGUUUGAAAGGAUGCUAGCUUAUGGGCAGACUAUGAUAAAGAAAAAAUUGGAUAACUAAAAGAAUUCUUGAAACUGUAAUGAUAUGCUGAAUAAUCGCAGAGAGUACACUGCAGACUUGUCCUUUCAGCUGACCCCUCAAGCUAUCCAAAUACAGAAUACGGAGACAUGACAUAUAAUAAAUCAUUUACACAAUCACUGAUCACGAGACAGAACUUGACCAAUGUGUUCUGUUUUGUUCUUUUGUUUUUUUCGUUUUUCUGACUUCCAGCUCAUAAAACAACUUAGACUAUACGCUCAACACAGGGUGGUGUCUGCCUAAACUAAUUUAUCCAAAUGUAUGGCACUCCCUGUUACAAUAUCUGUAUAACUGGAGCACUACUACCGAAGAGUUACCAAUAUAUAUGCUAUAUAUUGAAAAAUAAUAAAAUAAAAAUAAUUUAUAUAGAGGCUCAAUUACAUCAUCACAUUAAUGGACUCCAGGCCCCCAAUGCAAGUCUGAAGGAGGUACCAUAAUACUUUUUUUCAGGUAGUAGUUUACUGAAUGCAAUGAGUUUAAGCAUAUGCAGUAUUUAGUGACAGAUGAGUGCAAUGAGAAUUCAGUGUUCCUGAGUAUGACAUCAAGUCAGAUAAAUCUUCUUAAACCGGAUGACUCACCGGCGGUAAGAAAUCCCAUCCAUGUCUAAAUAACCAUCUGCUCUGUUCAUUUGGUGUUUUAAAACCUCUCUACAGUUAAAUCAUCCCAAAACCCAGGUCGGAUGCUAAUAUCAUUGUAAAAGCUCUUUAUCUCUAUUUUGGCAUGAGAGAAUAGUUUAGAGCCAGAUUAUUCUACUUGGUGAGUUAGUUUGAGACUAAAAAUGUGAGAUUAGUGUGAUAGAGGUUUGCUCCCCUUUUACAUGAAUGCUCACGUCAACGUUUGUGUUUUGUUGCAAGGAACAUUUAAUCUACUCCAUCAUCACUUCUCACAUGCUGUGAAAAUACUAGAUGGCCUGUGGAUCGGGCCUGAGACCUAGCCUCCUGCCUAGCUAUUGUGGGCACUUUUAUGGACUCAUUCAAUCUGCCAAAAUACUGUUGCCUAACUCCUCUAUGGACGUUUAGUUGCCCAGCACCAUAUCUUGGUGGAAGACCUCUUCGCACAGUUAUGUGCACUGUAUGAAUUAUUUCAAUACUCUAAUCAGUCACAACAUUAAAACUAACUACCUUAUAUCGUGUACAUCUCCCCCAUGCUACCUUAACAGCUCUGAUACGUCGAAAGCAUGUUCAAAAUACAGAUAAGAAAACAGCACACACACAAAAAAACUAAAAUACAGUUUUACAUUUUACAAGGCUACUUAUAAUCACCUAUCUUAGCAAACAAAUAGGGGGAUUCAUUUACAGCAUAUGGCCAUAUUGUGUUAAGCCCACCACUACAUCACAGUACCCCAACAUUGGUGGGUCCUACACUAAUGGGAGAUUAGCAUGCUAACUUGCAAUACUUACUGCUUAAAUUGCCUCCAGGAACUCCUUAAUUUUUGCUUUUCUGUGGUCACCUCAAAAGUGGCACCUAUAAUGUAUGGGUGGGGUGCUCAGCCCUAUAGGAAUCUAGUUUGGAUUCCAAAUAUACACAGAAUAAAGGGAAAUUAUGGGCAAACCUGGAACAUGGAUUUCGAAUACACUGAUCAGCCACAACAUUUCAACCACCUACCUAAUAUCGUUAACGUUUCUCCCGUGUUGCCAAAACAGCUCUGAUGUGUCAAACGCAUGGACUCCACAUGACCUAUGAACAUAUACUGUGGUAUCUGGCAUCAAGCAGCAGAUAUUUAAGUAUUGCAAACUGUGAGGAAGGGCUUCCGUGGAUCCGAUUUGUUGUUCCAGCACAUCCCACCGAUGUUCAAUUGGAUUAAGAUCUGGGGGAAUUUGGAGGCCAAGGCAACACCUUGAACUCUUUUAUAUGUUUCAUAAACAAUUCCUGAACAUUUUUUGCAGUGUGGUAGGGUGCAUUAUCCUGCUGAAAGGGCCCACUGCCAUCAGGGAACAUCAUUGCCAUGAAAGGGUGUACGUGGUCUGCAACAAUCUCUAGAUAGGUAGUAUGUGUCAAAGUAACAUCCACAAGAAUGCCAGGACCUAAGGUUUCGCAGCAGAACAUUGCCCAGAUUUUUUUUUUGCAAUGUGAGCUACAAUAGCUGUUCUGUGUGAUCAGACCAGAUGGGAUAGUCUUCGCUGCCACUUUCAUCUUGAUGCUGGCUUAUCUGUUGGCCUUUCUUGCACCACUUUUGGUAGGUACUAAAUACUGAAUAUCAGGAAAAUACCACAAAACUUGCCAUUUGGGAGACUCUCUGACCCAGUGGUCUAAUUUUCACUCUUUGCCAUUGUCAAAAUUACUCAGAUCUUUUUGUUUGCCCAUUUUUCCUGCUUCCAACACAUGAAAUGCAAGAACUGACUGUUCACUUGAUGUCUAAUAUAUCCCACCUCUUGACAGGUGCCAUUGUAACAAUAUAACCAAUGUUAUUCACUUCAUCUGUCAGUGGUUUUAAUGUUGUGGCUGAUCAGUGUACAUUUUGAUAUAUUGGCAAACAAUGGAGAUUGUAGUUAGCGUGCAGUCACCAUUGUUUUCAUCAUAGUUGGUAAAUAGCCUUCAAGCAAAAGUGGUAGAAGGAAUUCUAGAAUACUCAGUCAUAAACCAUCAUUUUAUAUAAACAGUGUACAGACUACAUAGGUCAAUUGGCAUCUAUUAGCCGUAUAAUAGUUACAAUCACAGACAUGUGUAACCAGUUCUGUCUUGCUUUUUGUUCACUAACAGACAAGAACACACAUAGAGAACAUUCCAUAUUUACUGGAUAGAUUAUGCCCACAGGAGUUCUACACUUGGAAUUACCAACUUGAAAUGUCAACAAAUCUACAGUCUACUUGCAAGAUGCUAUAUUUCAACUGACUAAUUUUAGGGACUAAUACGCUAAAAAUAGACAUGACAUAGCAGCAGAUGGAAAAAGGUCUUAAGGAUGAGUGGAUGAUGAGGAAUUCCUGGCUAUUUUAAUACUCAAAAUGCAAAACAAGUUAGCAUUUAUAAAUACAGGUGCAUAUAAAUAUAUCAUUUACAGCAGACCAUGUAUUGAGAAGCUGAUGUUAUUAAGGAUGGGGUCUAAACAAAUAUUGCGCUGGAAUUAGUUCAAUGCAUAUGUCAAUAUUGCUCUUAAAGAUCAUUGUAUAACAAUAUUUUAAUACUUGGAACAAGAAGCUCAAUCCAGCAGUCAUGGACUACACUAGUCAGUAUUCACAUAAUCCUCACAAUCAAUGCCACUUUGGGUUAUCCAAAAAUGUUUGAAUUUGAAGUAGCAAAUUAAAAUAAAUAAUUUGUGGCAUUUCAGAUGUUAAGGUAGUUCACAAAGUUGUAUAUCCUCUGACAUUUCGUUCACAUGCAUCUCCUUUUAUUCUUUUGAGCUACUCUAUCAAUCCCUGCUUUAUUGUAAACAGGACUGUAGCGGGGAGCUGGUCUUUCACAGGUUAACUCCACUAAAGAUCCCAGUGAAGCUCAGGAACAAGUAAUAAAAUCCCAUAGAACAAUAGUCACAACAAGCAAGGUAAUCCACGAAUAUCCCAAUACAGAUCUCAAUGACUGGACGACACACAGCAUCAGGAGCAGAACUGAACUUUUAAUCGCUCAACCUUCUUUUAAAACUUUCUCCCAUGCAAGGGAGGGAUUCACAUUAAUUAUACAGUACACCAAUCAUACAUGAGUUGCCACCCACACAUGAAUUAGUAUGACUCAUAAUCCCAUUAUGCAGGACACAGUUCCCCUCGUUUUCUGGAUGUACCCCUAAACAUAGGGCUACACCUCUAAAUGCUACAUCCCCUGGUAGCCCUUAUCUGAGUGAGUGACAUAUUCAAAAAUCACCCAGAUCGGACCACGGGUUCAGGAAAUUCAUGGAGGUAGUAAAAAGACCGACCGCGCUGGAGGUAACAGCCGAAAUUAGUUCCCUACGUUUUGGCCCUGCGGCCGGUCACAGAAAAAGGGAAUAAAAUGCACGGACGGCUUGGGUUAUGGAGACUGGGGAGGAUUCAGAUAAACCCCCUUGUUCGUGGGGAUCGGUAGUUUCUACACAAAACGAUGGCAGUAUAGAGGUCUCAGCGGUGUUUGCCUAGCCGAGUGUCCGAUUUGGGUUCCAGACACUCGAUGGCAAAACACAGCUGUUCGGGAGUUUAAGAUGGCCGCCGCCACGUGUUCGUCCCCCGAACGGCGGCCACCCAGAGGACAAAGCACACACUGCGCUGAUUGCCAAUUACCAGUUCGCAACAUUGUUGCGAACUGUAAUUGGAGGCACACUUAUUCCAGGGGUGGUCUGAUUGUUCGGUAGUUUCACUCGUAUAAUAACUGGAGUGAUUUUACCGAACAAUCACUGAAAAAAUGUUUGCCCAGGCGGUACUGAAUGUUAAAGUCAAAGGGCUGCAGCACCAAACUCCAGCGCAGCAGCCUGGCACCCCAGCCACCCGGUUCAGCCAUACCAACGGGUUGUGAUGCCUGAGCAAGGAAAAGGGCCGUCCAUUUAAAUACGGUUGUAACUUCUUUAGGGCCCACACCACAGCCAGGCAUUCCUUCUCAAUGGCGGCGUGGCUCACUUCUUUGGGUAACAACUUGCGACUGUUGUAAGCCACUGGAUGUUCUCUGCCAUCAGCCCCGACUUAGCUCACUACUGCCCCCAAUCCAAACAUAGAAGCAUCUGUGUGAACAAGAAAACGUUUAGUUGGAUUGGGAGGUGCCAAGACAGGGGCAUUGAUAAGUGCAUUUUUCAGAUGUUGGAAUGCCUGCUCACACUCCAGGGUCCAGGUUACUUGGCGGGGAAGGUUCUUACGGGUAAGGUCGGUAAGGGGUUUGGCCAGGGCGCUAUAAUUGGGGACAAACUUUCUAUAAUACCCUGCCGUCCCGAGAAACACUAACACUUGAGUCUUAGUCCUAGGGGUGGGCUAUUGGGCUACGACCUCUACUUUGGCUGGUUCUGGUUUCUGUUUCCCACAGCCCACUUGAUGCCCCAGGUAUUGUACCUCGGCCAUCCCUAUACUACAUUUGGCCGGUUUCAAUAUCAGACCGGCCUCCCUAAUCCUAUCUAGAACCGCUCCUAUAUGGGCCAAGUGCUCCUGCCAGGUAUUGCUAAAGAUAGCAAUAUCAUCUAGAUAUGCGCAGGUGUAGUCCUGGAACCCAUCUAGCAGUCAGUCCACCAUCCGCUGGAAGGUAGCCGGAGCGUUUUUCAUCCCAAACGGCAUGACCUUAAAGUGGUACAGUUACAGGUACCCGAAUGGGGUGACAAAGACUGACUUAGGGAUGGCGUCCGGGCCAAGGGAAUCUGCCAAUACCCCUUACACAGAUCAAUAGUAGUGAGGUAUUGGCCUCUGGCCAUCCGGUCUAGCAGUUCAUCUAUCCUGGGCAUAGGAUAGGCGUUGGACACUGUUUUCUCGCUCAACUUCCGGUAGUCCACGCAGAAGCGGGUCGUAUCGUCCUGCUUAGGUACGAGGACUACUGGGGAGGCCCGGGGCUGUCCGAUGGCUCAAUCACCCCCAGUUGGAGCAUCUCAUCGAUCUCCUUGCGCAUAUUCUCCUGCACCGCUUCGGGGAUGCGGUAGGGGGUCUGGCGCAUGGGUAGUUGCCCUGGGGUUUCCACCCAGUGAAUGGCCAGAGGAGUGUAUCCAGGUACAUUAGAGAAGGUGUCUUGCUUCUCUCUUAGCAUUUGUUGUACCUCGGUACGCUCCUGGGGGCUCAGCCGGUCUCCCAGCGCAACUUCUCUUAAAUCCCAACCGACCGUCCCCCAGCAGGUCUGGGAGGGGAAGGCUGUCAAACUCGUUGUGCGCACAGAUAGUGGUUACCUCCUCUGAGCAUUCCUGGUAGGGCUUCAUCAUGUUCACAUGGAGCAUGCGUCGCCCUCCAGUUCCUGCGCAGGGGCCAAUUAUAUAAGUGAUGUCACAUCUCUGUUCCACCACUCUAUAAAGGCCCUGCCAGGCGGCCUGUAACUUAUGUCGGACAGGUUUUAAAAUUAAAAAUUUCUGCCCAACCUGGAAGCAACGGUCCCUGGCGCCCCGAUCAUACCAUGUAUGCUGGCGAGUCUGAGCCGCCUGGAGGUUUUCCCUUACCAUCCUAGUCAAUGCUUCUAGGUGGUCUCAGAAUGCCAAUACAUAUGGUAUGAUGGGGGUACCGUCUGCGCUCCGGUCUCCCUCCCAAUGUUCUCUAAUAAGGUCUAGGGGUCCUCUUACUCUCCUCCCAAAUAAUAAUUAGAAUGGGGAAAACCCGGUCGACUCCUGCGGCACCUCCCGGUAAGCGAACCCCCGGUGUGGGUCUCGGCGAAGGUUCAGAGCAUUUGUUUCAAUAUACCAUUGAACCGUUCGCAGAGCCCAUUGGUCUGGGAAUGGUAAGGAGCACUGAUGAUUGGCUUAAUGUCACAGAAUUUCCUGAGGUGCUGGGUGACCUCCGCGGUAAAUUGAGUACCCUGAUCCGAGAUGAUCUCCCUGGGCAUAGUCUACGACAGUUAAAAUAUAUUUCUUGCCAGAAGAGCUAGGUUUCCGAAGGGGGCCUAUUAAAUCUACUGCUAUUCUACUAAAAGGUUCUUCAAUUAUGGGUAGCAGAUGCAGUUUUGCUUUCCACCGGUCCCCCCUUUUCCCUACCCUCUGGCACGUAUUGCAAGUACUGCAAUACUUGCGGACUUCCUGGCUGAUUCCUGGCCAAAAGAAACUUUGGAUCAGUCAGUACCUGGUGCGACUGACCCUUAAAUGUCCGGAUAGCGGAAUAUCAUGUGCUAUCCGGAGCAACUCCGCUCGGUACCGCUGCGGUACCUCUAGCUGCCUCAUAACAAUCGGGUCUGACCCGGCUACCUGUUUGUCUGACUCCCUGUAUAAGAGCUGCUUAUCCCAUAUAAAUCUCUCGCCCUCCCCCCCGGGUUGGUCAGAUGUGACCUUGUCCCUAUAUAUUUGUAAGGUAGGGUCAGUGAUCACCUCUGCUGCAAAUUCGUUAUGGGGGGCCCAGGGGACACAGUCUAAGGAAGGGGAAGAAUCUCUUACCUGAACCUCUGGUAGUGUGUUGUGGUCCUUGGUGCGGGCCUGUUGUCUGGUAACCACGGGAUGAGCUUCUCCGGUGGUUGGGGCCUGGGUUUCAAAAGCAGAAGAGAGUCUUCCCAGAUAAUUCCCCAGCAAAACCUCUGCUGACAAUUGCAGCAUCAACCCCACUUCCACAUUCCCUGACCCCGCUCCCCACUGUAGAUGAACCCUUGCUGUAGGUAGCCGGUAUACUGCUCCCCCGUCUACCCUGACGGCCACAGUCCUUCUGGUCUUGGCUUUGUCAGAUACUAGGUGGCUUUUGACCAGGGUUAUGGUGGCUCCCUUGUACAGCUUUGCCCUCCAGGUAGACGGUUUGUCUGUGAUGCUGGCGGUUAUCCGCAUUUGCCUGUAAGGGAUCUGCUUCGUGCAGCGCCAUAGGGGGUUGUGGUCUUGUCCUGGUAAUAGUGGGCUGCUGCUCUCGGUGGUGGUGGUGGUGGUUGCCCUGGUCGGAUCCAGGUGGAUCGGUCUCGGAGUUGGGACGGUCUUGCUUGUAGUGUCCCCACGUCUGGCACUGGUGACAUUGCACAGAGCUAGGCUGGUGGAACCUCGGUUGGGCAGCGGUUGGUGGGGGUGGUAGUUGUCGGGUGGUGCUGUUGUGUUGGUGGGGUAUCUUGUCCCCCCUAGGGGUCUUACUGCGGUCUUAAUGACUACAGGUUUUUGUUGCCUGAGAGCAUCCAUGUAGUCAUUUGCUUUCCUAGCUGCCUCCGUGAGGGAUGUAGGGUUGCGGUCCCUUACCCAUUCCUGGACAUCUGUUGGUACCCCAUCAUAGAAUUGUUCCAACAGCAACAUUUGUAAUAUGUCCAACAUGGACCGUGCUUUGUUAGCCUGUACCCAUCCGAGGGCCGCCCACUGUAGUCUACAAGCACACUCUGCAUGUGAAUCGUUCUCUGCAUUCUUUAGUUCCCUAAACCGCCUUCGGUAUGCCUCUGGUGUGAUGGCAUACCGAGCCAAUAUAAUUUCCUUUAACCGACUGUAGUCACGGAUUUCUUCGUCGGUACAGUAAGGUAAACUUUUGCUGCUCUCCCGGUUAGUCGCCCAGCUAAAUAGGGGACCCAAUCUUCUGAGCUGAUCUUAUGCAAGGCACACAGUCUUUCAAAAUCCUGGAGGAAGGCAUCUAUGUCUUCCUCUGCCUCUACAUAAAUUUUAAACGCUUGGUAGGGUAUCUUUGGCUUACCCUCUUGUACCAUGGUCACUGUUGAGCUGCGUUCUGGGGUUGACGAUAUCCUUUGCCUCAGUACAAACUCCUCUACUUCUGUCAUUGUCCUGGAGAUGAUCUCUGCCGGUGGAUUUUCCCCAUAAAAGGACAGCCUAAAUUGUAGCUGCCUUUGAAAUUCCGCUUGCUCUUGUCCUUCCGCCGAAUCACCAAGUUCGGGAACCGAACCACCAUCUGUUCGGUAUUCCGCCAUGACUUCAGUGAUGAGAAGAGCUUUAGUUUUAUUGCUGGCUGGAAUACUCCUUGCUUCCAGGAGAUCUUUUAGCAUGGAGCGUUUUAGUGUAGAAUAGUCAAUCUCCAUCCGUACUCCAUUGGUACUUGUUCCUCUGUGAGUCUGGAUCCCGGCGCUGCCAACCAAUGUAGCGGAGAGCUGGUCUUUCACAGGUUAACUCCACUAAAGAUCCCAGUGUGGCUCAGGAACAAGAAAUAAAAUCCCAUAGAACAAUAGUCACAGCAAGCAAGGUAAUCCACGAAUAUCCCAAUACAGAUCCCAAUGACUGGAGGACACAGCAUCAGGAGCAGAACUGAACUUUUAAUCACUCAACCUUCUUUUAAAGCUUUCUCACGUGCAAGGGAGGGAUUCACAUAAAUUAUACAUGAGUUGCCACCCACACAUCCUCUCCCCUUAGUAUGACUCACAAUCCCAUUAUGCAGGACACAGUUCCCCUCGUUUUCUGGGAACAUAGGGGUACACCUCUAAAUGCUACAUCCCCUGGUAGCCCUGAUCUGGGUGAGUGACAUAUUCAAAAAUCACCCAGAUCGGACCAGGGGUUCGGGAAAUUCAUGGAGGUAGUAAAAAGACCGACCACGCUGGAGGUAACAGCCGAAAUUGGUUGCAUACGUUUUGGCCCUGUAGUCGGUACAGAAAAAGGGAAUAAAAUGCACGAAAGGCUUGGGUUAUGGAGACUGGGGAGGAUUCGGAUGAACCCCACGAACAAAGGUUUUUUUUCUACCGAACGGUGAGCAGGUAGUUUCUGCACAAAUUGAUGGCAGUAUGGAGGUCUCAGCGGUGUUUGCCUAGCCGAGUGUCUGAUUUGUGUUCCAGACACUUGACGGCAAAACACAGCUGUUCGGGAGUUUAAGAUGGCCGCCACCACGUAUUCGUCUCCUGAACGGCGGCCACCCAGAGGACAAAGCACACACUGCGCUGAUUGCAAAUUUUCAGUUUGCAACAUUGUUGCGAAAGGUAAUUGGAGGCAUGCUUAUUCCUGGGGUGGUCUGAUUGUUCGUAGUUUAACUCGUAUAAUAACUGGAGUGAUUUUACCGAACAAUCAGAGAAUGCUGCAUACAACAUACAUACAUACAGCAAAAUUAACCAAAAGCAUAUUAACACACAUACUUUUGAGGACAUCCUGGGCUUUCCAGUGAUAUGUCAUGUGAUAGGCUGGGAUGUUGGGAACUUCCUUCUUUCUUUUCAUCACAAAAUUAGAAGACAUUUUGUUUCCUCAGUUCCCAUGAGGAUAAAGCAAAUACAAAACAUCAUCAACAUACCUGCCAAGUUUGAAGACAUAAAAUUAGAGCGGGUGGGUGGAUUUUCUAACCUGUCAGUGCAACCACACUGACAGGUUGGAAGACUUAUCUGUUCAGCAAUGAGCCAGGGACCGACCCGCUGGGGCAUCAGUCCCCUCCACAUGCAGGAGCCAAAAUGGCGCCAACCACGAGGUCGCAGCCAUUUGUAACUCCGCCUCCAAAGGUCACAUGACCGUGCAUGUGACGUUACAACAUACACGCACAUUCUGUGGUCAGAGGCCAAGCUCUGACUAAUCACAGCCCAAGGAGGGGUAUUUAAACCCCUGAAUUUCCCUAGCUCAUUGCCCUGUCGUGGUUUCUGUUCCUGGUUCCCGAGAGUGCGUUUGCUUGUGCUUGUUAUUGAUAUUCCCGAUAUUCUGACCUUGGCUAUUCCUGACUAUUCUGAUCUCUGGUUUCCCUGACUUGGCUUUCUCAUCGAUCUUGUGUAUUUCUGGCUUCCUUGACCUUGGCUUUCCCUCGACUAUUCUCUGUCUUUCAACGUAUUAAUCCAGCCAUUCUAAGGACCAGUUUAUAUUUUGUCUAUUUUUCUAUUCUAUGUAGAUGUUACAUAGUUUUGCGUGUUGGAUUACAUUAGUAGUCGUGACAGAUCUGCUAUGAUGUCAUCCACAUACCACUAGACAUGUUCAGAGGUUUUGUGGUGUCCAUGCCUCAAUGCAUGUUCUGGAAGCAUGAGGUGGAACAAACACAAUAUUAGGUUGGUAGUAUUAAUGUUGUGGCUGAUUAGUGUGUAUUAACAAUACAUUUACAAUGGUUUAAAUUAACUUAAUUUAUAUUCAUUUAGUACUGUCAGUAUUUCAGUAAUUGUUUGUGUCCAGUAUUUGAAUGAGUGUAGGACCCACCAAUAUUAGAGUGCUGUGGUGGGCUUAACAUUAUAAGGCCAUAUUUGCUUGCUGAUUAAGUAGCCUUGUAAAUUUUAAAACUGUACUUUUGUGUGUGUUGUUUAUUAAUUUGUAUUUUGUAUAGAUUUUGGUCUUUACAGCAGCACCACUGCUAAAUAAUGCAUUUCCCGGGUGUUCCUUCAAUUCCUUGUUUUUCUAUUAUUUUCAGUAUGACAAUGCACAAUGUUAUUAUUUUUUUUCUUGUUAGGUUCCUUUACUCAGAUGAAGUUCAGAUUGGUCCAGAAACAGUGAUGACCACACUGUACACUGCUAAAAAAUAUGCAGUGCCUGCACUGGAGGCACACUGCGUGGACUUUCUCACCAAACAUCUCAGGGCAGAUAAUGCCUUCAUGCUGCUGACACAGGUAAAGCAAUGUCAGUCCUUCCCUGGAGCAAACUGAUGGGAAUGGCACAAAAUCACAUGACCUGAAUAGAUUCACAGAACUCUGGUAUAAUUGAUCACCAAGAGUUGAAAGACAGAUAGAAGAUGGAAGCAUAUAAUGGACUGAGGGACAUUGUUUGCAUUCUUUACUAGAAUUAAGUAUUGACAAAAUGAGUAAAAAUGACAUUUAACUCAUAAAGUGUCAGAAAUAGUUCUGUUUAUGAUACAGCAGCAUUGCUGGUUAUAAUCUAACACAGGGGUACCCAAUCCAGUCCUCAAGUACCCCCUACUAUGCCAGGAUUUUAGGGAUUACCCUGUUGUGUCUAAAGUGUUUUUUUUCUUUUUCUAAAAACACCUAAUCCCUAAAUCCUGGACUGUUAGGGGGUACUCAAGGACUGGCUUGGGAACCACUGAUCUAACAUAUUUAUUUUGAGCAGGAAGGGCUGCAUUGCUUUCAAGUAGAGGAUGUCUGAGGUUUUGUUUCUGGGUUAUUUGUGCUUUCUAUCCAGCUACCACUCAACAUACGAACUCUUGCAUGCCUGUCUAUAAAUAAAGCAUAAGUCACAUGUUGCCUUGUCAUGUAUAUAUAGUACAUGUUCAUGGAAAUAUUUUGAAUGAGCUUAGCGAUGCUUUAAAUUAUUCAGAUCAUAGCCAGAGACUUGGUAAAGUCAGUGCACAGGUCACAAGAGGUCAUGCAUUUUUGAGUGACAUGAAUGGAUAUUUAGUCCUUCUGAGCCAUGCAGUGAAAGUCCAUCAACUUGAGCAACCUAAAUAUUGCCCCUGGUUUGUGUCAAUAUAGAGCUUCAAACAUAUUACACUACAACUUGGAUGCUCACAGCAAGCAAGCUGUAAUGGGACUAUGUUAUCCAUCAUCUUAAGAUAACGGCUUGCUGUCGGUAAAUGGAGUUAUAUCUGGACAUUAGUUAUGGAGGAUCAGCUUAAACCUUGUUUAGUCUUUUAGAUAUUGACUCAUGACUCAGAAAUCUAAAUAUGUUCUUGUGGGUCAUGUAGGGAGACCUUCAGGUUAUAUUUAUGAGGAGAAAAUAGCUUACCUUCAAACUAACCAAACUUGUCCACAUGGGGCGACAAACAUGUUUCUUCUAGUUGGAGAUGCAAUGUAAAUGUCAUUCCGUGUUAAUGUAGACAAUGUGGCCAUUGUUAGUAGAGUUGACUGGUGGAAACAUUGUAACCAGUCAAGGCUUCUCUUGCUAAUGAAAUACAUGUAGUUAUGACUCCUAACUAGCAAAGCAUACCUAUCAAAUCUCACGAGUACAGUCUAAUGAAAUAAACUAAGAGUGACAUAUAUUUGCACUUUUUUGAUUUCUUGUUGGAGAGAUGUAUCACGUUCCAUGUGUACAUAACUUUUAUAUCACGCACAAUAGUUAUAAAGACUAUAGACUAUUGCCUGUAGACACCAAUAACAGAAGAGCUUGGAGUGAACGAUCUCACUUUCAUCAUACAUUACAACAUUUACUUAUUUGAUCUUUUACUGUGUAAAUCCCUAAUUCAUUUAUAUUUAUUUUUUCUUCAAUACAUUCACUCUUAGGCUCGGUUGUUUGAUGAACCACAGCUUGCCAGUCUCUGUUUAGACACCAUAGACAAGAGCACAGUGGAUGCUAUCAGCGCAGAAGGAUUCACUGAUAUUGAUAUAGGUAAGUUCUGAACAAGUGCUUAGAAAUCUUGUUCUUAAAAAGCAGAGGUGAGAUAAUCAAACAGUCACUCUAAGUACAGCCACAACAUUAAAACCACCUGCCUAAUAUUGUGUAGGACACCUUCACGCUGCCAAAACAGCUGUGAUGCGUGAAGGCAUGAACUCCACAAGACCUCUGAACGUGUCCUAUGGUUUCUGGCACCAAGAUAUUAGCAGCAGAUCCUGUAAGUCCUGCAAGUUGUGAGGAUUGGAGUGCAUCGGAUUUUUUGCACAUCCCACAGAUGCUCAAUCGGAUUGAGAUCUGGGGAAUUUGGAAGCAAAGGCAACACUUUGAACUCUUUAUCGUGUUCCUCAAACCAUUCCUGAACAAUUUUUCUAAUGUGGCAGUGUGCAUUAUCCUGCUGAAAGAGACCAUUUCCAUCAAGCAACACCAUUGUCAUGAAGUGGUAUACAUAGUCUGCAACAAUCUCUAGGUAGGUGGUACGAGUCAAAGUAACAUUCCAGGAUCCAAGGUUUCCCAACAGAACACCCAUGACCCUAAUGCCAGUUCACCUGUGGUCCUGCAAUACACCACUUUUGAUAGCAGGGCAGAUUUCCCACUAGGCAGAGUAGUGGCCACUAUGGAGCUCCUAUUUAAAGCACUUAUAAUGUGCCUUUUUUUGGAUGAAAUAGGCUGGUUGAGAGAGAUACGUACCAGGAGCUUUGGCUUGUGUCCACUGUAGUCCAAUCAGCCUUAAUAUCACAACAGCAGGAACAGUUAGAGAUGGUGCAAAACUCAGUGCUGUCCCGGUUCCUCCAGUGUUUGUGUGUGAUGCUGGACAGGAAGACGAAGGAAUUACUUUCCUUUUGCCUACUAACAACCUCUCACACAGGAAAUGCCUUACAGGAAGAGCAGGGGAAGAGUUUAGUGAUUCACACAGUAUAACCGCUCCUGUAGCUCCAAUAUCAUCAAUCUGACUGGUCUACAGAAGACAUAGGAGAAUGAGUACUUUGAAAAUAACCCUUCAAACUACAGAAAUCAAAGCCUAAACCUGACAUUAAACACUUUACCUUAAUCCUGUUUACCUCUUUUUAAACACCAAACACCCCAAUACUGAAUUAACCCCUUAAGGACAGCGGGCGUGCUAUGACGUCCUUGGGGACUGUCUCUACACACUGGCGAUCGUGAUGGGGGGACUUACCUGGCAUCCCAGGGAGUCCCCCUGCUGCCGAUCCAGCCCUCCUGGGCCAUGUGAUUGCGAGGUCCUUGCGAGGACCUCACAAUCACAUGGAUGGCAUAGCCGUCCAUAGCAGUGCCAGCAGGGGGAGUGCCUGGAAUUACAGGCAGUCCCCCUGCUGCCUGUAAGAAAUUAAAAUAAAGUUUAACCCCUUCCCAACCAAGGACGUAUCAAGUACGUCCAACAAAAAACGGUCCUUAAGGACCGAGGGCAUACCUGAUAUGUCCGCGUUGAAUUAGAGCGCUGGAAUCAAUCAUGAUCGCUACCAGCAGCUCUAAUGGUAUUGCAGCAAUGCCUCGAUGUUGAGGCAUCACUGAAAUAUCCCCCUCACUACCGGUGGCCGCCAGAGAACACCAGGUGAUUGCUCCCCCAGAACGAUCACUUCCGGGUUGUUUCACAUCAGGCAGGCUUCCGAUGCUCUGCCUGUACUGAGUGCCUGAAAGGGUCGAGGCACUCAGUAAAUAUAAAAAAAAUAAAAAUAAAAAUAAAAUAAAAAAUUAUAGUCUCUUUAUAUUCUUUCAAGGAAACAAUAUAAGGAGUUUUUUUUCAUUAAGUCCAUGGGGUGAUAAAGUAUCCAGAGUGUGUAUCCAAAAGGCUUCACCUAAGGAGGAGAAUGUCCCGGUUGCCUCCUCUCAGAGGUACGUGAUCGAUACCCAUGAAUCGCAAUGAGGAGAGGUUAUGUCCCACUUCUAAGAAAUGGCGGGCAACAGGGGUGCUAGCCAUGCCACUCUGUAAAGCAAUGCGAAUCGCAGACCUAUGUCUCCACAUCCGCUCUCUGCAUUUGACGUUUUCCCCACGUAGGCAUAUGAUCUAAUAUACAAUGUGAGUGGUUGUACAGCUAAUCUUGUGUUUAAUUUUGUAUAUGUUGCCCGUUCUGGGAUGGCAAAAUGUUUUCCCGAGUACCAUAGAGUUGCAUACCAUACAAUUCAGGCACUGCUAACAUCCUGCAUUAGUGACAGCAGUCAAUCGUUCGAUUUUGGCAGUUUGGUCAGUUUGUACAAGGAGAUCACGCAGGUUUUUGCCUCUUUUGUAACUGAUGACAGGGGUUUGACGAAAUACGAAAUAUAGGAGGUAAAGUCGGAUCCUUGCUCAUCAGAGACCAGUUAUUUUCAAUAUUUUCUUGCAUUUCAUGAGAUCUAGGGUGAAAUGCUUGUGGAAAAGUGAACCGAUCUUUGGUUUUAAUCGAUUGCUUUUGCCUGCUGUCACUUGUACUGCUUUAUUAUAAGCUUGUUCCAAGGUAAAUCUCAGAUAUUGCUGUUGGAAUUUAAUGAGCAUUUUCCGUAUCUGUUCCUCUGCCCGUUUUGUAUUAGAGUUGUUCUGGAUUAAUCUGAUAAAUUGCGAAACUGAUAAGGAUUCUUUUCAUUUUCUCGAGUGGCAACUCGAGGCAUGCAGGAUUGUAAAAACUUUUUGUGUCCUGAUGAAAGCUCCUUAGGGGAGCUGAAACGUCGAUUAUUUUUUGAAUAAAAGAAGAACUUUUGAAUGAUAAAUCCUUGGAGUGCCAGUAUCUUUCCAUAUAUAUAUGUAUUAAGGCAAUUUGCCUGCAUUUGUGGGAGGUGCUGGUUUGCUACCCCUAGCCUACUUAAGGCACUCCCCUUACCUUGCUCCUUACCGUUCGAGGUCAGCGUUGAAUGAGGAUCCACUUCCGGGUUCUCUCAGACGCCAUCUUGGUUUCAGUAUCCACGAGGUUUUCACCACGUUAGCUGUGUCCAGGAAUCCUGUUCAGGCCUUCCGCCCGUCCAGCUUCUUCUGACUCCGGUCUCCGUCGUAGAUCGCGUCCCAAGGACUCCUAAACCGUAAGUCAGACCUUACUGUCACGCCAGGACUGGUUCCCACGGCGUACGGUACAGCACGGGUCCUCGCUUUACGGCUUUUUCCCUGGUUAUGACACGAAUGUUUCAAGCCAUUCGCGGGCUUUUUCAUUCGUACGGUCAUUCGGCUGAACAUAGUUAAUCGUUCAAUAGUCAUUUCGCAUAUCCUAUUUCAUGUAAUAUUGAAACGAAUUAUCAUUCGGUUGUUUUGCCGUUCUGCAAAUUUUCACUUACGCUCAAACACGCUUUCGGUUCGCAUAAAUCAUACGGUUAAACUAUUCUAACUCACAUUUGCUUUCGGCUUUUCUGUGUGUUCACGUAUAAUCCUUUCAUGAAUUAUAUUCACCAUUUCAUGUGUACAUAACGUUCAGUUAAGAAUUGCUUGUUUAAAUAGAUUAUUUUGAUUACUUUUAAAUAUUGUCAGUAUUGUAUUACGUCCACAAAUCAAGUCACUUCUCUGUAUAUACCAUUUGACUCCCGCGCUUUCAGGGGUCUGCAUUACUUAUCCAUUUAUACAAAUGGACUCAGCCUAUGUUACAGCCCUCACUUCUGGGUUAUUACUACAACACAUACAAAGGAUAUAGGUUCAUUUAGGCAAUAAUUCUCGGGUUGAUACGUCUUUUCUAUACAAAUAUAUCAUAUAGAUAUACAUCACUUUACAUCAUUUUAAAUCAUUUUGGGGUAUCCCUGCCUUUGGUUAUUCUGCUACAUAUCAUACAUAACGCUGUGUAAAAUAGGCCAUGACCUCAUCCAUGUCCCUUUCUAUAAAACCAGUUACAUUUCUGUACAGAUCAUUGAACUCCAACGCCAGGAGUUUUAUAACUAUCCAUUUCAUUUCAAUUCACUAAGCCCAUAUUACAGGCCUCAUUUCUCUGUCAUGACGAUGACACAUAAGGCUUAAAUCCUUUUUAUGCAUACUUGGGUUGAAUCACACGUACUGAUCCAACCAAUCAUACGUUCCCUGCACAGUCAUAUACAUAUGUAUAUAACCUACAUUUCAUGUUUUCCUUUACACACCAUUAUCACGUAACACAUAGAUUGUUUGUACAUAGGCCACGGCCUCCCUCAGAUGUCUUAUUCAAGCAUGCAAACAUUUCUGAGCCACUCAUAGCUAUUCCCAUGGUAUCAACAUAAUUUUAAUACAUUGCUGCUACAGACUAUAAGUCUGUUUCUUUUCACACUCCACACUCAUCAUACUACUCUCUUUUACCCAUUUUUAGGCUGUCAAGCUUAUAUAUUUGCUCCACACGGUUUAUUCCUGUGAUUUGUCAUACUACCAGGUACGUACACCUGCUCAUAUGGUAUUCUACCAUACAUUUCAUUUCAUCCCCCUAGGUUAGAAUACUGGCAAUAGGGUCACAGGAUUCCCAAUAGGUAUUUACCCCGUCUUGGCUGUCGCCAUCAGUUAGUGGUCCCGCGAGGCCAACACCCCGCCUCAAACGUUCCAGAGGCAAACACCCAUCGGGCCACACGUUAGCUAGUCGCCUCGCAUGUUGCAAAGAGAGUGCCUCACCUGUCACUCCCUUCCCCUGUUUUCUGUCGUACAGUCACCGAGAGGCCUAAAACUCCUGCCACUACGUCAAGUGGCCUCAAUAACCCCUCGCGCCAACGCAUAGAUAGAGCCUCUCAAGCCGCUUGGCAAUUAGCAGGGCCUCACCUGUCACCAAACAAGUAUAAUACUUUCGCCAUCCGGCCUAGCUAGCCUGCCAGUACAAUUUGGUGGUUCUAUAUACUAAUUAUUGUUUUAUUUAUAGUAUGUCUCAGGAAGGGGUAGAGGAUUUCUCCCUGCCUAGCACCCCGGCUAGAGCUGUCACUCCCACACAAGGAGGAGAGCUAGCUAGUCCAGCAUCAAUUAGAUCCUGGACAAUCCCGCGCAUAACCACGGAAUUAAGGAGACGACAAAUCCCCUACCCCGCUACAGCAAGGAAGGCAGAACUUUUCAAACUGCUACGCACAUCAACUAAUAACAUGGAGGCCGGGGAAGGAUCUAGCCAGUCCAACCCAGGGGACGUACAUGCCAUGUUAUCCUUGCUCAUGGCAUCCAUGGGCAAGGUCAACUCCAGGCUGGAGAAACUUGAGUCGGUCACCACGGCCCUCACUCUAGCAGGGCCACCCGCGGCUGCGGUACAAACACCAGCCUUGCCAUUAGUCGCUCCAGCCAGCACCCUGGAUGACCAGGAAGUUAGCCCGGCCCACAUGAUACCUGAGCAUAUCAAAAGGGAUAUCCUGGAAGGUAAAGACGUCAACCUGGCUUCCCUGUUGAUUGCCUCCCAGGACAUUGUGGAACAUAAGACGUAUGCUUAUGAUGAUGUUUCUGUUAUUGUCAGAUCUAGGGAUGCCCGCCUGAACAGGAAACUGACUAUCCCAGAAUUUGUACUAGCGUUUGGUAUUUACAGGGAUGUCAUCUGUGCGGUUUAUCCCAACAGAAGAGAGGAGUUUGAUCUCUAUAUGCACAAGCUGGUAGACCUGGGCAACAAAUAUGGUGGUUCAGCAUUCUAUGACUACCAUAGGUCUUUUUCUGCAAAAGUGGCUGGAGCCUUCUCCCAGUACGGUACACGAUCCAACUGGGGAAGGAUUGAUACCGUCUUAUUUUGCAGACACUUUGCAGGUCUAAGAACACCAGCUUGUGCAUACUGCUCCUCCACAGCCCAUACUACUAAUUUUUGUCCCAACACGGCAGACGGACAUGCCUCCACACAAGGAACUAGUUCCUCUGGGGAUCCAGGGAAACUAUCCAAAGACAAAUUGGGACGCCCAAUCAAGUUUCUGGGCAAGUCCCAGAUAUGUAAUAAUUUCAAUGUUGGGUCUUGUAAUUACAGUGGAUGUAGACUAUUGCAUGUCUGUUCAAAAUGUUUUAGGGCACAUGCAAAGACCAUGUGUCCAAAUAAAAUGUAUUCCAAGCCUUACCUUACGUCCAUUAAUAUGCCAGUAUUCACAGCAUUGAUGUCUCAGCACCCAUCUAGACACCUGGUAGACUUUCUUAUUUCUGGUUUAACAGAAGGCUUCCACACAGGUAUCCUACACAUACCAGCUGGAACUCUGGAAUGCCCUAACCUACAAUCCGCCCAACACAACCCCACAGUGGUUGACACCCUCAUAGCCCAAGAAGUGGAUGAGGGCUUUGUAUUGGGGCCUUUUAGAACUCCUCCAUUCACAGAAUGGCGCACCAACCCUAUUGGUAUUGUCACAGGGAAAUCUUCCCAAAAACAGAGACUCAUCAUUGACUUAUCGGCUCCCCACUCAUCGGCCAACCCCAGUCUUAAUUCCCUCAUACCCUCUGAGGAAUUCUCUCUGCAAUACACCACCAUAGAUCACGCCAUUACAGCUAUCAUACAAGCAGGGGUUGGAGCCUGGCUCAGUAAGACCGACAUUACUAACGCCUUCAAACUACUCCCUAUCCACCCCACACUGUGGCACCUGCAUGGCAUCAAGUGGUCCGGGAACUACUAUUUUUUCUCCCGGUUAACUUUUGGGUCCAAAAGUAGCCCAGCUAUUUUCGACACAUUUGCUGAAUCAUUAUGCUGGUUACUAUUGAACAUAGCCAGAUGCCCUACGGUAUUACAUUACUUGGACGAUUUCCUACUGGUCGAGGAGAAUACUGCACCUCCCACUAGCCUCAAAGCUACCACUAAGCUGUUUGAGCAACUAGGUGUACCCAUCUCCCCAAAGAAAACAGAAGGGCCAGACAUGGUUAUCACUUUUCUGGGUAUCCAAUUAGACUCUGCCACAAUACAAGCAAGCCUACCAUACGAUAAGAUAGAGAAUAUUCUCACUUACAUAAACAACUACCUACAGCUCGGCACUUGCAACCGCAAAGAGCUACAGUCCCUGCUAGGGUCACUAAAUUUUGCGAUGCGCAUCAUACCUCAAGGCCGCUCCUUUAUUUCACGACUAUUGCAUCUUUUCCCACUUUUUCUACAUGACACGCACAGGUUGUCCUUAGAUGCCCAAGCUACGGCAGAUCUAAACAUGUGGAAGAGGUUUUUAACCACUUGGAAUGGUAAAAGUAUGUUCCUCCCUCAAUUGACUGAAUCAUCUCCUACCAUUUGGUCAGAUGCGGCAUCUACCACUGGUUUUGCAGCAAUUUUUGGGAACGAAUGGCUUUGGGGCAGCUGGCCUUCAGCAGUUCUGGAUUUGGAAGGUUUUUCCACUACCUCAGCUCUUUUUGAGAUCUACCCCAUAGUGGCGGCUGCCGUAGCGUGGGGUCAUUUAUGGGCUAAUACGCCAGUGCGUUGUUACUCAGACAACCAGGCAACCUGUCACAUCAUCAACAAAGGUCGUUCCAAAUCUCUUACGAUCAUGAGAUUUCUGAGGAAACUCACUUGGUUGGCAGCUUGUCAUAAUUUCUUCCUAUGUUGUUUCCAUGUGCCAGGUGUAUAUAACACAGCUGCUGACAAUUUGUCUCGCUUUAAAUUUCAGGAGUUCCAUCAAGCACUCCCGUCAGCAGCACCCACAGCCACCAUCACUCCAACAUUUCAACAACUCAUACUGGACUAGACGUCAUCAUGCAGCAUAGCAGGACAUUGUCCCAGUUGGCACUUUCAAACAAUACAAACAAAACAUACAUCAGGGCUUUCACACUAUUCAAACGAUUCCUUCUGGAACACAACAUCAUACAACCGUUUGUUAUGACAUCUUUUUUGGGGUUUGCUUCCUUUUGCCACCUUAAACUCAAAAUGUCAUACAACACCAUCAAACUCUAUCUCACUGGCAUUCAACACCACAUGCUCAUCUUACACCCAAAUAACAACAGUUUCAUGGCCUCUCACCAAAUUAAGACCAUACUCAGAGGUAUUCAAAAAUCAGAACCCACACAUUUGGCCCAGAGGCUACCCAUAGAUAACCAUAUCUUCAAAGCAUUAUCUAACCUACUUGACCUAAAACCGUUUGACACUAAUACGAAUUCUAUCAUCAAAACAGCAAUAUACAUCGCUUUCUAUGGAUUUCUACGACCCAGAGAAUUCACUACGACCUCCACGACCAAAACCACUCCAUUCCUCCUCUAUUCCCACUUGACAAAACAUAUGGAUCAUUACAUCCUGUCUUUACCUCACUCCAAAACCAGCCAGCACAUACCUGUAAACAUUCCGUACUAUCCCACGCACAACAGAUGGUGUCCCGUCAAGGUUCUUGAUGCCUACAUACAGCACCAUCACUUACUGCCCUCGCAACCGUUAUUACAACUACAAGGUGCAGUACUCACCACUACAACCUUCAUGACUUACGUCAGGUCCUUGCUCACACAACUGGGCCUCAACGCAAACAAAUACUCAGGACACUCCUUUCGUAUAGGAGCCGCGUCCACAGCCUCCAGUGUCAACAUCCCAACUCAUGUUAUCAAAACACUGGGGCGCUGGAAGUCAUCCGCUUACUCACGGUACAUACCGAACCCAGUACAAGAAUUAAGGGAUGCUUUCAUAAACAUGUCUGGUUGAUAAAUGUAUAUGUAUUGGUUGUCUGUUAAUAAAUUUGAUUACUUAAUUUUUGCCCUCUUCUUUCUCAGGCCUACCUCAUCGUCGGUUUCGGCACACCACAACCGACUUGCUCCUUUUAUCAUCCUACGCUUAUUCAUGGUAUUUCACACUGUACUAUCUUAAGCACCUAACACAAAUAUAUAUAUAUAUAUAUAUAGAUAUAUAAAACAUCAUACUAAGUGUAUUUUUCUAUUAACAUGUACAUAUAUUAAUAUAAAAACACACUUAGAGUUAAAUUACACACACACAUAUAUAUAUAUAUGUAUAAUAACUAUAUAUAUUGUGUAUAUAUAUAUAUUAUAAAAAAUAAAUAAUAAUAAAAAAACUGUAAAAAUUAUUUUAAAAAAUUAUAUGUAUUAAGGCAGUUUUGCCUGUAUUUGUGGGAGGGGCUUAAAUUAAUUCACUCCCCUAUAUAAGGGACACCUCUUACCUGACUCAUAUUGCUUGAGGUCAGCAUCAGAAUGAUUUCCACUUCCGGGUCAUCCAGACGCCAUUUUACCUGAUUACUCCAUGAGGUUUUCUAAGCUGAGCUGUGUCAGGAAUCCAGCCACAGGCUUUUCCGGCCUACCACCUUCUUUCUUCAAUCUAUCGCUGUGGAUUGUGUCCAAGUGACUCACAAACCGUAAGUUGACCUACCCAUUACGCCAGGCAUCAGUCCCACGGCACCAUGCAAGGGUCAGGUCCUCACUUUACUGCUGCAUUUUGUCUGUCUGUUCUAAAACCAUUGCAUGUUCAUGCAUAUCAUUCGUUUAAACCCCCUACUGGUCUUUGGGUGUACUACAGACUUCUUAGACAUUAUCGCAUUUCAUGUACAAACCAACUAACCACUGCAUCUUUGCCUACACACUGACCCCUACCGGUCAUUCGGUGUACUACAGGCUUCUCAGACAUUAUUGCAUUUCAUGUACAAACCAACGAACCACCGCAUUUUUCACCUACACACUGACCCCUAUUGGUCAUUCGGUGUACUACAGGCUUCUUAGGUGUUGUUUGCAUUUUCAUGUACAAACCAAUAAACCAUUGCAUUUACACCUACACACUGACCCCUACUGGUCUUUCGGUGGACUACAGGCUUCUUAGACAUUAUCCCAUUUCAUGUACCAAUCAACAAACCAUUGCAUUUGCGUCUACACACUGACCCCUAUCAGUCAUUCUGUGUACUACAGGCUUCUCAGACAUUAUUGCAUUUUAUGUACAAACCAACAAACCACUGCAUUUUUCACCUACAUACUGACCCCUAUCAGUCAUUCGGUGUACUACAGGCUUCUUAGACAUUAUUGCUUUUCGUGUACAAAACAAUAAACCACUGCAUUUUUACCUACACACUUACACCUACCGGUCAUUCAGUGUACUACAGGCUUCUCAGACAUUAUUGCAUUUCAUGUACAAACCAACGAACCACGGCAUUUUCGCCUACAUGCUGACCCCUACCGGUCAAUCGGUAUACUACAGUCUUCUCAGACUUUAUUUCACUUCAUAAGCAAACAAACUAACUACAGCAUUUUCGCUUUUAUACUGACUCCUAUCUGUCAUACGGUAGGAUUAACCCCUUAGGGACACAUGACAUGUGUGUCAUGUCAUGAUUCCCUUUUAUUCCAGAAGUUUGGUCCUUAAGGGGUUAAAGGGUAUUUUUACCAUACAAUCAGCAUUUAUGACCCCUACUGGUCAACAGCAAAACUGUCUUCACAUGUCAUAUACAAUUUACCAGCCAAUAUAAAUUACACAUAAGAUUGUUUUAAACCCUUAAGGACACAAGACAUGUGUGACGUGUCAGGAUUCCCUUUUAUUCCAGAAGUUUGGUCCUUAAAGGGUUAAACAUAACCAUAAGCCAUAAAUGAAACUCCAGCACGGGCUCAAAUUCAGGUUUAAUUCACAAUAAUUUACAUUUCACAUCAAGACCAACAGUGGUUCUAUCAACACUGCCACCUACAGGUCUGUCAAGUACAUUGACAAUUUUCAUGGGGUUUUACAAACACCAAAACACUUACACCUAUAGGUCAACAGACAAACAACAUUUCACAUACCAAUCAGUAUCCAACUACACUGCCACCUAUAGGGCACUCGGCAGAUCUCCAGUGCACUUGCAUUUUGCAACACCAUGUUCACUGACCCCUACCAUUCAAUAAGACAUACAACAAUUCACAUAGCAAGCACUAUAUCAACAUCAGGUAUAAAUACAUAUAUUAUUACACAGUAGCAGACGCGUCUGUAUAUACGUAACUGGUAAUAUAGUUCACAUACAUUUUUCACAGCACGCUGCUCACGCAACAGACUUUCCCCUAGCAAGGGGACAUACAACAUACAAGGUGGGGACAGACCACAUUUUCACUUGUACAUACGGCACUUAAUGGGUUAAGAUUGAUACAUAUUUAACCAGUAUGGCUACGAUGUUUAAUAAUUACACAUCAUGGCACUUUACUUUUCACAUAUACUGUACGUAUUAAGAUAAGCUUGGUCUAUGCCAUAUUUCCUUAUGCCAUACUGUUUUAUCCAUUCAGGUUACAGUUACUACUAAAAAACCUAUACGGAUUGUCAGGUUCAAUACCAUACUACCAGGUACAUUCACCUGCUCACGUAGUUAUCCAUCUCUUACCUUCCCUGGAAUAGUAAUAGUGUACUGGCAAUUAGGGUUCUAGGGCCCAAUAGGUAUUACCCCCUUUUUUCUCUGCAUUAUGCUUCGGUUAGUGGUCCCGCGAGGCCAACACCCCGCCUCACACUCGGAGGCAUACACCCCUCGGGCCACUCGUGAGCUAGCCGCCUCGCAUUGUAUCAUAGAGAGGGCCUCACCUGUCACUCCCCUUCCUAUUUUCUGGUUACUGUCACCGAGAGGCCAACAUCCUGCCACAAUGUUCGGUGGCCACACAAAAUCCCCUCGCGCCAAGCAUAGAUAGAGCCUCUCAAGCCACUUGGCAACUAGCAGGGCCUCACCAGUCACCAAAAAACACCAAGCCUAAUCGUUUCGCCUUACGGCUUAGCUAGCAAGCCAGUACAAGAACCCUGGGUACAAAUAAUUGCAUCUUUAUUGUUAUUUAAGUAUUUUUCCAAAAGAUGGUGAAGAAUCACCUCUUCCUAGCACCCCGGCUAGAACUGAUACACCUUCAAGCAGAGGAGAUGUUGCUAGUCCUGCAGCAAUCAGAUCCUGGACGAUCCCACACAUUACCACCUACCUAAGGAGGUGACAAAUCCCCUACCCUGCUACAGCAAGGAAAGCAGGGUUAUUCAAACUCCUCCAUACAUCAACGGACAACACGGAGGCAGGGGAAGGCCCAGCUACAUCAACUCAGGUGACACCCAGGCUAUUCUAGCCUCACUCAUAAACUCAUCAGCCAAAAAUUUUUAUGACAGACUGGCAAUCUCGAGUUGGUCACCACAGCCCUCACAAGGCUGGGCCUCACGUUACUGUACAACCAGCACCAACCGAAACUCGGUUACCUGGUACAAUCAAUUCUUAUGACACACAAGAUGUUAACCCUGCACGUAUGAUCCCAGCACAUUGGGGAAGCAAGGCAUAUAUAUAUGUAUGAUGAUGUAUCUGUGAUGGUCAGAUUCAGGGAUUCCAGGUAAAUCGGGAACUGACCAUCUCUUGGAUGGGUUGGUAUUUGGAAUAUGUAGAGAUGUUUAUUUGUGCAGGUACCCAUACAGAAGGGGUUCUGUCCCAAACAAAUGGACGAGCACUCUCAGGCUCCAGGUACCAGCACCUCUGAACUACCAGAGACACUUGAUAUGAGUAGUUGCAUUGCAUAUAGACUGUUGCAUAUAUGUUCAAAUGGUUCAGGGCACAUGACAAACCAUGUGGCCCAAUACAACUUACAAAUAACGUACUCACCAUCUGUACACACCAAUGCAUUUUCAACACUACUGACUCAUCACCCUUCCAGACUUGUAGUAGAUUUAGUAAAGCUCUGGAGCUUCAAAGGGCUCCCAUACAGGUAUCAUAAACACACCUUCAAGGAAUAUAGCAUGCCCUCACUUACAGUCAGCACAACAAAACCAUUGGCUGAAAACACACUCAAAGCCAAGAUUUGCAGAGUGGUCUUCUAAUCUCCACCAUUUACAGCAUGGCACCAAACACACACAUUGGUAUUGUCACAAGGAAUCUUCCCUUAAACAAAGACUAACCAUAGACUUAUUGGCACCACACACCUCCGCUACUCCAAGUCUCAACUCCCUUCUUACUAUACAACACCAUUGAUCUACCUUUACUGCUAUCACUCAAGCAUGGGUUAAAGCUUGGUUAAGUAAGACCAAUAUCAUCAACGCAGUAAACAGCUACCAUCUACCCUACACACUUGCACUUACAUGGCAUAAAUUGGGCAAUCCUUUCCCUGCUCAACUUUCGAGCUACAGAUUAACCUACUAUCGAUAUUCGCAGAUACUCUGUGCUGGUUAUGAUAACAUAUCCAGAGGCAUUACAGUCAUACACUAUCUAGAAGACUUCUUGUUGCUCAAAGGAAGCAUAUUUUUCACUAGAAGCCUUAUGGCAGCUUAGUCUGGUUGACCACUUGGGCGUCCCAGUACCCCAUAAGAAACAGAAGGCGCAGACACUAUCAUCACAUUACUGGGCAUAUGACUUGAGUCGGAAUCCAUACACGCAAGUUACCACAAGACAAAUAGGGAACAUUCUCAACUAAAUCAAUCACUACCUCCUGCUUAGUACUUACAACUACAAGGAACUACAAUCCCUACCAGGUUCCUUAAUUUUGCCAUGCCAAUCAUACCACAAGACCACGCUUUCACAUCCAGAGUACUUUCCCCUUUUUUUCCACACUUCCAACAUGACGAUCAGAGGAGGUGCCUAGACACCUCAGCAACAGCAGACCUGCACAUGGGGGGGUAUUUCUUAACCACUUGGCAUUGUAAAAGCAUGUUCCUUCCAGGAUUGUCUGACACUUCUCCAACCAGAUGGUCAGACGCAGCGUAUACCACGGGUUUGGCAGCGAUCUACCGGGAACAAUUGCUCUGGGGCUGUUGGCCAUGGCAUCCAGGUUUGGAAAUUUUUCCACCACUUCAGCCCCUUUGGGAGAUCUACCCCAUUGUAGCAGCUGCUGUGGCAUGGGGUAAAUCAUGGUCAAGGUCAUCAAUCCGUUGUUACUCAGACAACUAAGCACAUAUCAUAUCAUCAACAAACGCCACUACUCAUCCAUAAGUUCAUGAUGUUUCUGGGGAACUCACUUGGUUGGCCACUUAUCACAUUUCACUUUCAUGUACCAGACGGGGUAUACAUCCCUGCCGACAACUGUCUCAUUUAUAUUCCAGGCAUGUUCAUCAUACGCUUCCUACAGCCGCCCAUACAGUCACGUCCACUCUUUCGUUCCAAAGACAAAAUCAUGGAUUAGACAUACUCAUGCAGCAUAGCAUGCACUAUCCCACCUAGCACUUUCGUCACAUACUUGUAGAACGCAUAACACAGCUUUUCACCUGGCUUAAAGAAUCUCAUUGGAACACGACAUAGCUCAACCUGUGUCACAAAAUUUCUCCUAAGUUUUGCUUAAUUUUGCCACCUUAAACUUAAACUAUCUCAUACACCAUUAAUUAUAUAUUUUACAGGCAUUCAACAACACAUGAUAACCUAUGGCCAAAACUACCAUAAACUUCAUGCUAUCAUACCAGAAAGAAUAUACUCAGAGGUUUUCAGGAAUCCAUUCCCCCACGUUCCUCUCAGAGGUUACCAAUAGCCAUCCAACUGUUCAUCCUUAUCGGACCUAUUAGAUCUACAACCAUUCAAUUAUACUACCAAGUCGUCCAUUACCAGCCAUGCACAUUGCCUUUUAUGCCUUUCUCAGGCCAGAGAAUCCACUACCAUCACCACCACUCAGACAGAUCAUUGUCUUCAACGAUCCCACGUACGUAAACAUAUAUAUCAUUACCUAUUGGCUCUACCACAUUGCGAAAUGAGUCAACAUGCACCAACAGUAGAGAUAACACUACCCACAACAAAUGGUGCCCACUUUCGGUCAUAGAUUCCUACCUUCAAAAUCCUUUCAGGAAUUAAAUACUGUAAUGCAUUUAAGGAAAUGUCUGGUUAAUUUGUAUAUAUUUGUUGACUGUAUUAAAUCUUUGAUUAUUCAUUUUUGCCCUCUUUAUUUACAGGCCUACCGUAUCGUCGGUAUCGGCACACCACAACCGACUUGCUCCCUUUACACUAUCCUAAGCUUAUGUUGGAUCCUUACUCCAUAUACGGCUAUUUUGCCCCUUACACAAGUAUUAAGGCAGUUUUGCCUGUAUUUGUGGGAGGGGCUUAAAUUAAUUCACUCCCCUAUAUAAGGGACACCUCUUACCUGACUCAUAUCGCUUGAGGUCAGCAUCAGAAUGACCCUCCCAGCCACUCCUCAUUUCAACACUUUCUCUUUUCUUUCCAUUUACUUUACUUUCUUACUCCUUGGUGGGCCCUCUUUAUUUACAGGCCUACCGUAUCGUCGGUAUCGGCACACCACAACCGACUUGCUCCCUUUACACUAUCCUAAGCUUAUGUUGGAUCCUUACUCCAUAUACGGCUAUUUUGCCCCUUACACAAAUAUAUAUAUAUAUAUAUGUGUGUGUGUAAAUUUAUUUGAACUGUAUUUUGAUAUUAAUAUAUAUAUUUACAUUAAAAUACACUUAGAAUGAAAUUAUAUAUCUAUCUAUCCCCUUAACGACCGUGGACGUACUAUGUAUGUCCGGCAAAAAAAUGGUCGUUAAGGACUGCGGACAUACCUAGUACGACAGUGGCAAAUAGGAGCCCUGGACUUACGUGGACUGGCGAUCCGCAGCACAGUCGGGGGGGGGACUGCCGGAAACCCCAGCAGUCACCCUGCAGCAGCUCCGACCACCCCGGCCCUCAAGGGCCAUGUGAUCACCAUGAUCAAAUUGCUGCAAUAGGAGUCUAGGAGCUGCCAUCCCCCAGGCUGCUAAAAAUGAAAAAAAAAUUAAAUUUAAAAAUAUUAUACAUCAAUAUCUAUAAUAUAUUAUAAAAUAUAAUUUAAGCAUUUUAUAAAAUAUUAUACAUAUAUAAUGCAUAUAUAUGAUUUCAUUAUAAGUGUACUUUGAGUUAUAUACAUAUAUAUCUCAAAAUACAAUUAUAAUGAAAUCAUAUAUAUGCAUUAUAUAUGUAUAAUAUUUUAUAAAAUGCUUUAAUUAUGGCAUAACAUGUCCACGCCGUCUGGGGGACUUACCUGCUUGCCAGCGAUCAUACGCCAGCAAUCGUGGGGACUUACCUGGCAUCCCAGUGAGUCCCCCUGCUGCCUAUGCGGCUCUCCUCGGCCAUGUGAUCGCGAGGUACUUGCGAGGACCUCAUGAUCACAUGAACAUUACAAUGUUUACACUGCAGCUCUAAGUCUGCCCACAGUGGCUGUCUUCCAGACAGCCACUAGAGGGCUUCCUGAAUCAAAACAGACUUUUGGUCUGGUAUCUGAUGCUGGUUGCCUCACGCUCUGCAUGAGGACACCCAGCGUCAGAUUUUUCCCCAUAGGAAUGCAUGCGCAUUAGCACCCACUCGUCGCAGUCCGUCAGAGGCUCAGCAACAAGGGACAUCAGUGCUGGGAAAAGGUAAGUAAAUAAUGGGUUUUUAACCCAUUAUUUACCUGGGUGGAGGGAGGCGGUGCGUGAGGGAGGGAGGAGGCAGAGGGAGCUAUAGUGCCAGGAAUACAGCAUUGUAUUCCUGGCACUAUAGUAUCCCUUUAACUUAGGAGAGUCCCUAACCAUAUUGCUUUUUACCUGCCAGUCCAUUUACACUAUAUAAACAGAUUACCCUCUAUGUUAGUGACAAGGUUUGCUUGUGUUUUAACAGCAAAACAUAAUGUGUUAUCAAAGAUGUCAAUCUACACACAGAAGUGGCAUAUGCAAAAAAACUAAAUAAUAUUGGAGAUUGGGCAAAAAACACCAUCAAGUUCAGAUAUUCUGUUUAGAACACUUUACACUUAUAUACCAAAGUGUGCACACUUACACAAUGAGGUGAAAUAUGCUCAACACUUAUAUGAAGGAUCCCCUUACCCCUCACAACCACAUAUAACUAUAUACAAGAAGAUAUAAUUGGAGCUUCAGAGUACCUGGUUAUAACAUGCAUGCACUUGGUUACAAUCUCAAACAGAGAUCUGUAAAUAAUAUAUAACACAAAUAUAAUGCAGAUGGUCUGUACAAUUGCAAUAUAAAUAAGGAAGUGAUAAUUCACAAUUCACAGGUUUUAGAGCCAAUUGAUCACCUGGCUCUAGUAUAUAGUGCUUCGGAAUCUUAAGUGAGAUCCAGUACCCCCUUGGGUACUCCACCUCCACCUUCAGAUUCUUAGGUAAGAAUGGACAGGAAACUCCAAUAGAAAAAGGAUACACUUUUAUUGAAGAUGAAAAAAUAAAAAUGAUCAAUUUGAUCAAAAAUACUAGUAUAGUAUAAAAUCCAAAAUAAGUCCAAUGUCCAAACUGUCCAAAAUGCGUUUUGCCAUUUACUGGCUUCCUCAGUUGGCUGUGUAGUUUGUAUGGCGUUCUUUCCAUCUUAUAUAUCACUUUCAUUGUGAAUUUGCCGGCAUCCGUGAACCCGGAAGUGACCUCGGUCACAAAAACAAAAACUGUGUAAGCUAAAAAAUAAAAAUCAUGAUAAAAAAUGGCACAGUUCAAAAUCUAGAUUGAGACCAUAAGGUACUAAAGUGUUAAAAUUUAAAAUAAAUUUCAUUUCUUCAAUUCCAAUUUUUUUUGUAAAAUCUCCUCCCCUUCAGUUUUUUUUAACUACCUUCAUUGCACAAAAUGUGAGAUCUUUCGGAUUUUGAUUAUGAAAGUUUUUAAAGUGAUGUUAAGUGAUGUGAGACGCCAAGAAAUUAGAGAUAAAUUCCAAACAUUUAUUAGCGAGGGAUUAGACAAAAAUAAUUUAACAGACACAGAAGCCAAAUAUUUAAAUAUUUUAAAUCCUCAAAUUUAAAUUGCCUACCUAAAAUGCAUAAACAUCUUACAAAUCCCCCUGGAAGACUAAUUAUUUCUGGGGUAGACAGCGUCUCAUCAAGAGUAUCGGAAUACAUUGACAUACUACUCCAACCAAUAGUAACAAAAAAUCCUUCAUAUCUAAAGGACACUAUGCAUAUUCUACAAAUUCUUGGUGAUAUAAAAUGGGAAGAUAAUUAUAUAUUGGUCACAUGCGAUGUGAGUUCUCUUUACAGUGUCAUCCCACACAACAAGGGGAUUGAAGCAGUGCAAAAAAAUUUUAAUGAGAAGUGAUUUUAAACAGGAACAGAUAGAUUUUAUAACCAAAGAUAUAUUUUUAAUCCUUACCAACAACUUUUUUUGGUUUAAGGAUAGUUUUUUUAUGCAAAUCAAUGGAACGGCGAUGGGGACCAAUUUCGCGCCCAGUUACGCCAAUUUGUUUAUGGCGUACUGGGAAGAGACAUACAUUGCACAGCAUGCUGCACAUGCGGACUUGAUCACCUACCGCCGUUUCAUUGAUGACAUAUUUUUUAUCUGGAAAGGAGAUGAAUCUAGUCUCACUGACUUUUUAAGUUUUCUCAAUUCUAAUGAUUGGGGAUAACUCUCACCUCCAUUUAGAGCAAAAAUUAAAUACAUUUUUUAGAUUUAACUAUCUUUAUAGACAAAGGGGAAAUUCACACAAAAAACUAUUUUAAAGAAGUAGAUUGCAACGGAUAUAUAGAGCUCACAAGCUGCCACCACACUCCAUGGCUUACUAAUGCUCCCAAAAGCCAAUGUAUGAAGUUAAAAAGAAACUGCACACAAGAAGGUGAUUUUAUUACACAAACUCAUAUAAUCAAACACCAGUUCAUAGAGAACGGUUACAAAGAAGAAGAUCUCCAAACAAGCCUGGAAGAAGUUAAGAGAAUGGAAAGAAAAGAAUUACUUAAAUAUAAGAAAAAAAGAAGUGAGGAGGUCAAAAAUAUGAAAGUUCCGUUCAUCUGUAACUUCUCCGCUGGAAAUAAGAAUGUACGACAUGUCAUUAAUAAAUACUGGCACCUUCUACAAGAUGACCCCAUUUUACAAAAUGUAUUACCACCAAAACUGAAAAUUAUACACAGAGGGUGUAAGAAUAUUAAAAGCAUAUUAGUAAAUAGCAAUUAUAAAGACCCAUUAAAUACUAAUAACAAUAAUUUUUUAACCAAGAGCAAAGGUUUUUUUGGCUGUGGAGGGUGCUCAGCAUGUAGGGGAACUAAUAGCAAAAAAAGACAUAUAAAAAACACAAAUUAAUUUACGAAAAAGAAUUUCGAAAUAAGAGGCCAAUUAACUUGUUUCUCCAAAAACAUAAUUUAUUUAUUAAAAUGUUCUUGUGACUUGUUAUAUGUAGGGAGAACUAUCAGAUGUUUACAUACUAGAAUUUCUGAACAUGUGAGAAAUAUUAAAAAAGGAAUAGAAACACAUAGUGUCUAACAUCACUUUAAAAACUUUCAUAUUCAAAAUCUGAAAGAUCUCAUAUUUUGUGCACUGAAGGUAGUUAAAAAAACUGGAGAGGAGGAGAUUUUACACUUUAAAUUGUCUUGGUAUAAAGUAAUUGAUGUGAAUAUUUAUGGAAUGUUAUUUUGUUUUGUAAUAAUUUCUGCUAUUGCUUUAGUAUGCUCAUAUUUCCUGUAAUGUUCGAACACAGAUGCUUUAGGACUAUCUGUAAUAUUCCAAACACCUCUGAGUGAAGGUAUUUCAAGCAGUGGAACGCACAGAUGUGUUACACAGAACGAGGAGAGGCACUUCCGUGUCAUGUGAUCAAUAUGCGAACGGAACGUGCGUUCCACCUGACAGAACAUGCGUUCCACCGAGGUCACUUCCGGGUUCACGGAUGCCGGCAAAUUCACAAUGAAAGCAAUAUAUAAGACGGAAAGAACGCCAUAUAAACUACACCGACAACUAAGGGAACCAGUAAAUGGCGAGAUGCGUUUUGGACAGUUUGGACAUUGGACUUAUUUUGGAUUUUAUACCAUACUAGUAUUUUUGAUCAAAUUGAUCAUUUUUAUUUUUCAAUAAAAGUGUAUCCUUUUUCCUAUUGGAGUUUCCUGUCCAUUCUUACCUAAGAAUCUGAAGGUGGAGGAGACCAGAAGGAGGUACAAGGGGGUAGUGGAUCUCCCUUAAAAGAUCACCUAUUAGUUUAAGUUUUCACUUUAGGUUCUGGUUUCCCAUUUAAUAUGAUGUUUGAUGUUGCUCUCACCAUUCCUUUUACCCGAAGUUAAUUAAAUCAUUGAUUAAUGAGUUCCUGACACCUCUGUGGCUCAUUCAUUACAAGACAAGGAAUCACAAUGAUAUAUUAAAUGAUGGUGCUACGUUGCCAUGUUUUAUUAAAUCAGAUGUCUCCGAUAUUUAAAUGUUCCGGGUAAAUAACUUUGCUUGAAUUCACUCUUUGUUAACAGGUGGUAAAUAGUUUGUCACAAACUCUCCAUAGAUACACUGUGUGCAGUUUUGGAAAGGGACACGCUAAGCAUUCGGGAAAGCCGGCUCUUUGGAGCAGCUGUCCGUUGGGCCGAGGCAGAGUGCCAGAGACAACAGCUUGCAGACAAUGCAGAAAACAAGAUGAAGGUUCUAGGCAAGGCAUUGUCCUUAAUUCGCUUCCCUCUGAUGACUGUGGAGGAGUUUGCAGCUGGUAAUAUUUUUAAUAUUGUAUUGUAUCAUUAAUUUAACCACAAACCAAAUCUCCUAGGCCUAGAAUUCCUAACUGAUAGUUACCACAACUUGAAAAACGUAGAAAGUAAAAUAAAUAUUGAGUAAAAGAUGAAGGAGCUAUGUUAUUUCUCAGCUGAUGUAUGUGUCUUUAAAAGAAUCACUUUGUCUAUUUUUUCCCUUGACCCCCUCUGCCUAUACCUGUCAUCUAUGGCUUAAACAUCUGCAUGCCCAUUGACCUUCAUUACAUCCAUGUCCCGCAGGUUCUUUUUUUACCUGCUAUAACGCACAUCACCCAUAGUAAUUGUUAUAGUCUGCCCAUUCUUGUCCUUUUCAGCAUGGACUACAACCUAGAUCUAGGACUGCCAUAUUAUUAUUAUUAUUAUUAUUAUUAUUAUUAUUAUUAUUAUUAUUAGAAUUUAUAUAAUGCCAAUUUACCCUGUAAGAGGAUAUAUAACAGCAAGUAAUUGACAGAAAAAGUGAAUGUUGAUGGAUACAAGAGGUGGAGAUCUUGCUCAAAGAAGCCCAUAAUCUUGGAGAUUAUUUACAAGGUUUUCUAUGGGGCCUGUCCAGGAGUACUGGUUGUACCUCUUGUUAUCAUAAGGCUUAUUUAUUUGAUUGAUAAGGCGGAACAAUUCUUGAGGUUUGAAAUGGGUGGCUACAAUGCCAGCACAGUUUUUUUCCUGUAAUUAAAUGCAUUUGCAUACAACAGUGUCUCUUUCACAGAGAGAUUCCCACUUUGUUUUUGUCAUGGCAGGUCCUGCUCAGGCUGGUAUCCUGUCUGAUCGGGAAGUGGUAAACCUCUUUCUGCAUUUUACAGUAAACCCUAAGCCUCAUGUUGACUAUACUGAUCGUCCACGCUGUUGCCUCCGUGGGAGAGAAUGCAGCGUCACCAGAUUCCAACAAGUGGAGAGUCGCUGGGGCUACAGUGGGACCAGCGACAGAGUCAGGUGAAGAUACAGACACCUAUUUAUCUGAGAUACAGAAAUACACACACACACACAACAGGUAUAACAGAUGUGUAUUGUCCAGGAAUGUUGUACAUAUUUCAAAACGUAAAAUAAUAAAUCAGGUUAUUUUAAUUGUUUACAGGAAAUACAUUUUCAAUAUUAUUUAGCAUGUUUCUACAAUUUGACUAGAGGAAUCUAAUAUUUCUUGUUCCUGUUCUUUGUGCUUCCUCUGCAGAUCACAAAUUGACAUUUAUAUAACUUACUCAUUGAAUCUGCCCCCCAAAAAAUACUACGUGAAUAGUAGCCAGACUUUUUUGCAUUAAUGUGCUUCAACUCCCUAAAUUUAUAUAGAGAACACAAGUUCAUUAUAGAUUAAACCUAUGUCAGUUGCACACCAAACAGAUCGUAGUCAGGUCAGUCUACUCUAGAAGGAAGAUGUCUAUAAUUCUCUCUGUAUGAGACGCCACAGCCUCAGAUGAUUGUUUCAGACAUUUGUAGGCCAUGCUAGUGAGGUGUAGGGGAUACUCUGCAAGGCACAGUGGUUAAUGGAACCCUUUUUUUGAAUUAACCUUUUGAUUUAAGGAAAUUCUUAUGAAAAAUAGGCCAAAACAUGGGAAUAGAGAACAAUGAGAGAACAAAAACACAAUAAGUUUGCCUUUCAGUUAGCCAGCUUCACCUAUUAGAAGGGCCUUUCUUGGCAUGUUAAAAGGACACUGUAGUCACUAUAAGCAUUUCAUCUCUUUGAAUUGGUUAUAGUGCAUGGAGUGCCCUGGCAUUGUCCCUCCAUUCGGUGUUGAACCAUGUUUGUGCAGUAUGCCACAAAAUAAGAGUCCCUAGCCACCCACAGUCCGGCCCCUUCAGUAUGUGUAGCUAAGGCAGAGAUUACACACUUCCUUGUUGUCAUACCCAUUCAUACCGUCAGUUGGAACUCUGACAGGCUAAAAGCAGUCAGCUGACACUCUCAGCCAAUCACAGCUGCCCAUUGCUGCUCAGGCUAAUACUUCCUUAUUAGCCAAAGCAGCACAGAGGGGAUGGAUUGCCUGGGACUCUUGUUUAGCAUUAAAGCAUUAAAACUUUAAAAACUGUUUAAUGCUGAAAGAAAUGAUGGUACCAGAGGACUCCAGACACUAUAACCAGUUGAAUGAGAUGAAGCAGAUACAGUGCCUACGGUGUCCCUUUAAGUCCAGCUACUCUAGUGCCUGGCAGUCCUUCUUUCUUUUCCUCUGUCUUAAUCUGAGAUUUGGGGAUCCUGACAACAGCUAACUUUUAUUAUGUCUCUGAGAAUGCAAUGGUCUGAAGUCUAACACAAGUCGAAUAAAGUGUGCUAGAGAAGAGAAUAUAUUAUUACAGAGAGUAUUAAUAUUAAUACCACAGUUUCUAAUCAGAAUUAUAUGAUGUUCUGUCAUCCAGGUUUACAGUAAACAGAAGGAUAUCGAUUGUGGGACUUGGACUGUAUGGAUCUAUUCAUGGGCCGACCGACUACCAAGUCAAUAUUCAGGUAUAGUAAUAAUUUCUUAUGUGUAUUCAAAUAUUUUGAUUGCUCAAUAUGUAUUGUAGAAUUGAAAAUAAUGCAUGCUUGCUAAUUGCUUUUCUAAAUGUUUUACUAGAUUAAUCUCUUUCAAACUGUAUCAGUGUAAACAUUUAGACAACAGGGUGUAAUAUAAAGCAGUGAAAGUAAAAGUGUUACUCUAAGCACCAUAUCCACUUUAGCUUUCUGAAGAGGAUGUGUUGAAGGGACCUAGGAGAUGCAAACACUGCUAUUGCUGAUAUAUUUAGUUUUUCUUACUGGGAUGUAGUUCUGGGUAAAUGCCUGGUGGGCCACGAUGGCCAGGGACCAAGGCCGACAGGGGAGAUCAAGGGAAGCAACUAUAGGGCUGGUGCUUCCUGACCUCCAGCCCAUAGAGGAUGCUCUAGAUCUCGCUCACUACAUGCUCACUGUAUGUGCAGGCUGUAUAGCCUGAUGCACUGUGCGGACCCAGUGCAAAUGGUCUAUAGUAUACCAACUAGCGGUGUAGACCAAAUACCUCAUCCAUUGGACCACCAAGGAAUAUGAUUCCUCUCCGGCUCCUCCUCCUCCAACUAAGGCUCAAGGUAAGGAAGGGGAAUGGGGGAGUAAACCCAGCAGCCCCUGCACCCACCUCACCCAGCAGCCCCCUCUCACUCAGUAGCCCCUAUCCCCUCUCACCCAGUAGCCCCCUCUCACUCAAUAGCCCCUACCCCCUCUCACCCAGCAUCUCUUCCCCUCUCACUCAGCAGCCCUUGCCCCCUCACCCAGCAGCCUCUGCCCCCCCUCUCACCCAGUAGUCCCCGCGCACCCAGCAUCCCAUGCCCCAUCACCAAGCAGCCCCUGCCACCCUUGCCAAGUAGCUCCUGCCCCCUCUCACUCAGUAGUCCCAUCUCACCCAUCAGCCCCUACCACCAAUCACCCAGCAGCCCUCUCAUCCAGCAGCCCCCACUCACCCAGUAGCCCCCCCACCUCUCUCUUACUGAAUUUAAACAGAACCAAAACACCAAUAGCUUAAUGAAGCAGUUUUGAUAUAUAGAUCAUGCCCCUGCAGUCUCACUGCUGAAUUUGCUGCCAUUUAGGAGUUAAAUAAUUUUGCUUAUGCAGCUCUGACAAUACUUCUCCUGAAUGUAACAAAAAAGUGUUAUUUUUACAGCACAGUGUGCUUACUGUGUGAAUGUGUGAAUUUUAAAGGGGUUUUUAAGCCCUUUUUAAAACUUUUUUUUGGUUAAAUUAUUUUUAAAACGUAGCAGCAAAUUGAAGCAUAAACUUUAAUGACACCAGCACCGUGGGAAGCUCUCCAUGACAUCAAUCCUUCCUUCAUGAGGUCCAAUCAAAUGUGGUCAUGGUGGUAAAAGUGACCCUUUAAGCACAGUGUGCAGGAGAUUAAAAAUUCUAAAUGAAACACAUUGUGCAAUGAGGGAACCUGAAACAUGUGUGCUACCUUUCAGGAAGUAUGUAGGAAGGCUGUGUGAUCCUCAGCCAGCGGAAGUAUGAUCAGAGCUGCAUAAGCAAAGUGAUUUAAGUUCUAAAUGACAGAGAAUUGAUCAGUGAGUUUGCAAGAGUAUGAUCUAUACAUCAAAACUGCAAUAUGAAGAUAACGUUGUUUUGAUUCUUAGUGUGUUCCUUUAACUCUUUUAUUCUUGAUCAAUAAAUGGUGACCAAAUGUAACAAGUAACAGUGUAGCUAAACAGUAAAUUGUGGUGAAAUAAACAAACAAAAGAAAUUCAGGUUAAAUCAGAUAAAGUGUAGACAUAGCAGAAGUAAAAAAAAAAAUACAAUCUAGCUAUUGUAGCCUAAAAUGUUUAAUUCCAUUAAAUGCAGUGUUUUGUCAAUAGCCCAAGUGAAAUAUGAAGAUAUAUGUGCCCUGUUCAUCUUCCUUUACAUUACGUGUCUUGUGUUUUUUAAACAGAUUAUUGAUUAUGAGAAGAAUCAAACUGUGGGACAAAACGAUACAGGCUUUAAUUGUGAUGGAACAUCUAAUAUAUUUAGGGUUAUGUUUAAAGAAGCUAUUGAGAUUUUGCCAAAUGUUUGCUACACACUCUGUGCUACCCUUAAAGUAAGCUAUACAUUUUUUUAAAUAAUCAUAUAUAAGUACUGAAUAUUUAUCAGAUCUCUGAUUUCCUUUUUUUAAUUAAUAUAUUUUUUUUUAUUUUUCCAGGGACCGGAUUCUCAUUAUGGUACAAAAGGUUUAAAGAAGAUCAUUUAUGAACUUCCAACAGGGGGCAAGACUUGCUUUAAUUUUUUCAGUUCCCCUGGUAAUAACAAUGGAACCUCAGUGGAAGAUGGUCAGAUUCCAGAAAUAAUCUUCCAUACAUGA